GUCUGAGCUGAGGCACCGGGAGAGGAUCCGCCGCUCGGUUCAGUGUAAUCCCGUGUCUUCCCCGGCGCACUCACUCAGUCGUCCGCCAUGGCGACAGCAGGAAGCCUCCUCUCCGGUCCGAGCUGCAUCUAAAACUCAACCAGGGCUCCUUUUUUUCAGUCUCUACUGCUGGACGUGGAUGUUAGAAAUACCUCCUUUCAGCGGGGAAAUACAUAACGCGUGGACAAGCCUGCAUUUCCAGAGAAGGGGUAAGAACCGUGCAGCCCUCUCUUACCCUGUGUGCUCUUAAGGGAAGUGAUUCAACUUGUUUGAGGAGAUUAGGGUUAAGUCCUGGGAGUAUCUUUGCCAUGUUAUUCUGUGAUCCUGUGGAUUUCGAGGAAAGAAAAUAACUAUGCCUGCGUGAAAACCUUCAUCUGCAGAUAGUAGAACUGUCCUAUUUGUCCUCCAGCGCACAUAUACCUUUGCGUUAUGGAUGUGUGCAGACGCCGCAGUCGCUGAUGUGUCGUUGCUGUAAUGCUUCUUCAUCCCUCCGUGUCUGUGUGAGUGUGUGUCCGUGUGCGUGUGUGACAUUUUAAUAAUCAAAUGGAGCCAGGAAGUGUGCAUUUUCUAUCUGCCUCCCAGUUUCCACAGGCUGCCCAUGUGAGUCCAGGCGGUGCAUUAAUGUCACAUCUACAGUACUGUCUGAGAAUGUCCUGAGGAUUACAGCAGCCUGCUCUAUUAACCUACAUUACAUGAAUGGUGUGAACAUACCAGCAGACUGGGAAAGGUGGAAAAAAAACUCCUUGAUUGCUUCAUUUCAGGCUUUUCUUCAUGUUCCUUGGUUGAGGUUUUAAAUGGCAACCAAGCUCUGGUUCCAACAUGCAUGUACCCUGCUGGUUGUCAUUCUUCUCACUUAGUGAACACAUGUCGAUGCCAGAAAUACAGUGGGAACUUAUAGAGUGAUUCAUGCAACGCCAGCCACACCCAGGUAUCAGUGUCUGUGGCAGAGCACUGAGGAAAUUGAGCUCUUUUUUUUUGUUUUGGAGCUCCCCUCAGGUAGACAGCUGGUUGUAUCAGCCCCGGCCUCUGGCCAUUCAGCUGUCACUAAAAGAUUCCAGCUGUGCAGAGCUGGACCGCACCAAGGGGCCCUUUGUGCCCCAGCACACAGAGGAGCCACUGUUACAGUCCCUGAGACCCUAUAAGCCAGCAGUCACAGCUCCAUGUUGCACACUUGUGGGGAAUUUCAAGCAAACAAGUUCAAAGGCAGGCUGAGCAACACUGAGGGGUUUGUGAAUGUCCCCUUGGCUCUGACACACUCUGGAAAAAAGGUGCCAGCUGCACAACUGGAGACUGUUCGUGUGUGUGUGUGUGUGUCUGUUUGGACCUGAGUUACCUAUUCAGAGGUGCAAACACACCAGCUGAUAAAUGAUCCCUAGUGCAAGGGAGGCUUGGUGUUAGCUGAAAUAAUCACUGUCCUCUCUUUCACUGUCCUCUGUUUCACUGCUGCUUUGUUUAAAGAGUGUCUGGUUACACAGCAUGCAGGCACAGGUCAAAUAAGUCACGAAUUUACAGACCCUGUAUGGCACACUUACCAGUUAACAAGGCAAGAGCUACAGAGUGAUGUCUGUAUGAGGAUCAGAUGUCGAAAAUGACUGGGCUUGAAUGAGAACUAUGCUUGUGUUUCCAUUCACAUCCCCAGUGAAAGCAUUCGGUCUGGUUUCCAUCAGCCCGGGGGAGUGUUUGUGUGCUGUUUAGCUGGAAAACUCCAACAUUAUGCACCCACUGUCCUCUGACAUCAGUGUACACAGGUGCAGAUGAUAAUAACAGGCUGGCUUCAAAAACUCAGGUUCUUAUAGUUUUAUAGUUGUGUUUUUGUUGGUGUGUGUCUUUUUUUCAUACCAAACUGGAUCUGCUGGUCCAGUUUUAAAAAUUUAUAGGUCACCAAAGUGACAGAGAGCUGAAACCCAAAUAGAAGAACAUCCAAAUGUGACGCACUGUGAUUUGUCCAUCCAACCAAUUAUAAGGGAUAUUCUGGCGUAAAAUUAAGGUAGGGUCAAAUACACUGUAACACCGAAUUAGACACCCUGUCAAGAGAUGAAUGUUGCUGACCGCUUGCUUCCUUAGUUAUACCAACUUUAGUUUCUUGAAGUAAUAAUCACCAUAUUAAUCAUUUUGCACUGCAGACGCAGUAGUUCUUCUGCCUUAGCGUCUCGGUCUGGUUGCAUUUCCAUGAAGAUAUGAUCAUGAAUGUUCUUCCUUGAGCUGCGUCACCCCGCAACAGUCGAUGGACUCACCCGGAGAUCUCCAUACAAACAAGCGGCUGCUGGAAGAGAGUAGGUGAAUUGUGUUUUGUCUCUUUGCUAAAGAAAUUUGGUCUAGCUAAAAAGAUGUUUGGUGGCUAGUACUAUGGCUGGGACCCUAUAUAUACUGUUGAAGUUGAUGCUGUUCCGAACAUUAUUUGUGGCUAUAGAGUGGCGUUUUGGUUGAGCACGUAGUUCUCUGUAUUGCUAUCGUGCGGUCGUAUUAAAGUUGGUAUAACUAGAGAAGCAAGCGGUUGGCAACAUUCAUCUCUCGACGGGGUGUCUAACUUGGUGUUACGGUGUGUUUGACCCUAACUUAAUUUUACGCCGGAAUAUCCCUUAAAGUACAUGGAUUGGAAUGACUGAUAACCAGUCAAUUAAAAAUAUAUAUAUUGACCUUGUUGACCUUGUGGCAUCUAACUCUCUCAACCAAAUCCAGCUCCGGUCUGCAAUGUGCGACAGAUGUUAGGUUUCUCUCCUUUGCAUCACAGACCAUCACCAGACAGAAUGAAGUGUUUCCCCUGUCCUUGGCCUAUUUUCUCUCUCCACUCUUCUGGAUUACACCAUCCACUCCUUCAAAACACCUUAUUCAGCGUUCAGUUGAAACUUGGCAGCAGUCACUCACCUCUGCAUCGUCUGAACAACUGCCCACUGGCCUCCGAGUCCUGAUGAAGCACUUGGUGAGGUCUCAGGAUGACAUCAGACCGCUGGAAUGUGCAAUGAAGUGAGAAUUAAGCCGGACAGCAGGGCCUGGGGGAGUUUGGCUGUGGAUACUUGAGAGUGUAUAGAGACGUGCACAUGUAUCAACACAAAUUACUGCUCUGUGACUCCAUGACUGUAGUCAUAGUCUAACACCUGGGAAAAUACAGACACAGACCCAUGCUGCGCAUCAGUAUAGAUUCAACUCCUCCACUUUGAUAUAAAUUUACAAAUAGACUAAAUCUAAACCUAAAUCUAAACCUGACUUUAAGCUAACUUUUUCAGUUAGGCACUGUGAGGAGUUUUUGUGAAACAGACUGAAACUGGUACUGAUGCCUCUCAGUGACCUUCCAAAGCAGAUAAGACUGUCAGCAACAUGACAGAUAAUUUCUCUGUUGUGAUAUUUUGUUGCUUGAAACUGCUGUAAGUGGGUAGGUGUCAGACCAGGCAAAGGAAACAGAUUUUCUAAAGAAAUUAUUUUAUUUCAACCACUCACAGGAAGUGGAACACUUCAAUGUUAAAAGGAUAACAGGAUGACCCCAAAUUUAAAAAUUUCCGGACAUGAGAUAAGGUCACACUUUGUCCACAUCAGAACCAACACAAAAUGAAAGUUCCUCACUGGAGCUUUAAACUAAGUUUUGCUUUGCUUUUAUGAAAGGGACACCUGGAUGUAGUUGGGAUGCUUGAGGGAAGACUUGCAGCAAAGGAGUUGAACCCGACUCUGUACAUGGAGUACAUGGGACCAAAAGGGCGCCCUUAAGCCAAGUGUUUUCACAAUUUUUACCUGUUAUUGUUAACAGCAAUAUCCAGAGCUGUAAGCCAAUUGUAGCCCAUCCUUGUUCUUAGCUGACUGUCACAGUUUUUCUCAGUUGCUCAAAGUUAAUUAAUUCUGAGUGUCUUUUCUCAUUUAUUUCACACUUUAACCCCUUUUUUUUUUUUUUUUUGGAAAAUGUAUUUUCCAUAAGUUUAAGCUAAUUUAUUAGACAUUUUUAAAAACAAUUUAUCUAGCUAAACAAAUUUUCUGUGUGGAUACUUUUUCUGUAAUUCUGUAGUUCUUCACAUACUGACCUGCCUACCUCAAAAACCACAAAACUAAGUAGUGUGAGCGUCGAACUGCUCUAUUGACUCCAAAUGCCCACAGCUAAACCUCGUAGUAUUCAGUAAUGCGAGUGUUUCCCCUUUACUCUUUGGUUACCCAAAUUAAUGACUCCUCCAGAGUCCAUAUAUAUUUGUCUUAAAGCCUUUGAGACCAAUUAAAUUUGAGGACUUAACGUGUGUGUGUGUGUGUUGUUGUUGUUGACCUGAGUGCCUCUCUUUUAUGACUGCCCUGAGCCACCAAACCACUAUUGUAUCGACUCUUUGAUUUUACACUGUGGCCUCGUGAUUCGUUCAUCAGAUCAAAUUAGGGCUGCUUGAUUUAUGCUUUGAAAUCAGGAACACGCUUGGAUCUUUUUUUUCCGCCCUGUAAUUGGUUCUCCCACAGGCAACAAUUAUCAGCCAUUAGCGGUGGGUGCAAAUACUGCAUUGACAACAGGCCUGGUAAUGUGACACACAAGGUUGUGCUGCCUGUCCUCUGGGUCCUGAUACAUUGAUUCAAUUUCACCCGCUGAACCAAUGACACCCUGAAAGAGGAGGUUUCUUCCUGACACAUGAAUGACAAUAUUGCCUCUCCAUACUGUUUGUCUCGCUCACUUUCUUCACUCUGCUUCUGUGCAGGCCGGGCAGUGAGCAUCGCAGCACAUAAUGGCAGAGCAAGACCCCGUGCCAAUGGCCCAAGGAACAGGGCAGCGUCUUGGUGCCCCAGAGACUCUUGGCAUCAGUACACUGGACCCCGGGCACAGACCCCCGGCCAUGCCCCCUGGACGUCAUGUCACCAUAAGGGUCCGUAUGUUGGAUGACACAGAGGAGCUCUUUGACAUCUCGGUGAGUUGUUAAACCCUGCCAGUGCCCAGGCGAAUUUCUCCAUGGGAAUACUAAUGUCCAAUUGGGACUCUUCAUUAUAGCACAGUAGCCAGGAAGCAUUUCCUCUUUUUAUCAUAGCAGCAGCAGUCUGGUAACAGGUUGGCAUGGCAACUGCAUGAUGUUAAGAUAUUGAAUGCUAUUGGAGGGAGAUUUUAGUAAUGUCAGGGUGUCUAUGGGUUAUUUUGGUGGUUUAUUAGAUCCUCUGCCUCCUAAUCUCUUAAACUGUCUCAAACCUGUGUCACAUUUAUGACACCUUCUUUAUUCCCCCUUGUCACACUCAAACCACUCAGGAUGCUCUUUUUAAAGCAUGGACAGCGUCAUAUUUCAGCCCUCUCCCACACCGGUGGGCUGAUGACGUACGAGAGUCCUUGUGCUUUCUUGAUUGUGCCGUGAAAGCAGACAGAAGACAAAGAGAGGAGAAUAUUUUCAUGUGUUUCAAAGGGAAGAGCAGCUUUUUGAAUUCCAUUCAUGAUUUGGGGAUUUAGAGGAUUAACUACUGCAUUAGAAAGGAUCUAUUUUUAGAUAUUCUAGUCGAGGCAAUUUGCACAGAUCAUGUUGGAGUUGAGCUAAAAUUAACUGCAUAACAUGGCAGAAAGGGGAUAAUAUGCAGAAACCAUUCCAACUUUGGAGAUUUAAAAAAAUCCUUGUAAAUGUAUGGCUCAGUUUUCACCCUGUAAAUGAGGAAGGUUUGAAAUCCCAUCAUAAGAUAAACUAAAUUGACUGUGAAUUUUCUUCUCUGUAAAGCUUCAGUAGGGACUUUCACAGCUGAUUGUAAAACAGGCAGAAAUUGAUGCUGGUUCCUCUCAAUCACUAAAAACACCAAAAAAGACCAUCAACAAGAAGAGUUUUCUGAUAUUUUCAAUGUCUGAAUCCACCUGUGAAGGGUAGCUCUCCGUUAGUUUCAUCCACUCUGCAACAUUAAGUAUAAUUUUGAGCUCCUUUGAGGGGUGUUUAGAUAUUGGAAAUGAUUAUUUAUAGCUUUCUUGUUCUCCAAAAUCAAACAAGACCAUCAGCAACAAAGUUGACAUUAUUUGCAUUGUAGUUUUGAAAGCUUGAAAUCAGAGUGAGGGGAAGGUGUCAAGAAACAACUCUGUUUUAUGAUUUCAACAGUUAAUAUUCACAAUAAAUGAUAUAUUUGACUGUCAAGAAUCAGCAGGCUGAGAUUUUAUUGCCUAAAAUCCCCUCUUUGGCAGACUACUACUUUUUAAUUAUUUCCUUCUUGUAGGAUUUCGAGACAUAAUGAAAACAUGUUCGCUAACACUUUGAGUUGAAGUGUAAGACUCGCCCUGCUUGAUUUCAUGCGGAAUGACAGGGUUGAGCUUAAAAAAUGUUAAAGUAGAAGAACAAGCUGCAUUUGGAGACCACUCUUCUUCCUGCCUGAACGAAAAGAACGAGAUGAGUAGAUUAGAAGAAAGUGGAAAGCGGUGAUGGAGAGACAAAGACUCCGCAGAGGACGUGUUUAAUGUGUAAGAAUGGGACUCUGCAAACUGCUGAGCUUUACUGACAGUUACUGAGUGUGUGCAGUACAUAGUAGAUGUGUCCCUCUGGCUGUGUCCCAAGGUAGUUCGGCUAAAUGUUGCUCCUACAGUGUGGCGGAGCUCCCUGUGCAUGACUGCUAAUCUUUCUAGUGGUAUCAUGUGUUCCACUUAAUACCUAAGGCUUACUGGAUUCUCACAAUGAGGUCCACUUUGAGUGCCCUCGUUUAACUCACAUUACUUUUGUGUACUUUAGGUCUGAUGAGGCUUUAAGGCCACGUUGAUUUUUUGUUUUACGAGACUGUCAGGACAGUUUGGCUUACUCAGAGGGCUGUUUUUGGAGAUAGCUUACAUAUGUGCUGCAUCUGGCUUUGGUCAGAGCAAUGAGUUCCCUAUACUAGUCUUUUAAAAUUAAGUAGUAUUAUGCCCAUCUGAUAUGAGAUAGCAUAGGCAGGGGAAGGAUUUUAUUCAGCCUGUUUCAGGGCUCAUAAUGUGUUAAAACCAGCAGUGAAUCUUUGCCCUCCGAGGCUCCCUGAAGAGAUAUCAACCAGAGCUUUGUGAGCAUGCAGUAGAUUUUUAUGGGAGUUUUAGUGUCUGGGUGUUUCCAAACUGCUUGUACCUUUUAAAAAGAUAUUCCCAAGCUAUUGUUGAGGAUGUCACCUCUGUAUAUGGAGCGCCUUCUCACUAACAGAGGUGCCCCUGCUCUUUUAUUUUGUGUUACCUUGUUUGAUACAAAUACAGAACACAUAAACAUAAGUGUGACUCGAAAGUGAAAGCGCAGGUUUCUUAAUGUGUGGCACGGCCUGACCUGUGGAUGUGGCCGUGUUGUGACGGCUGUAGCAAAGGUGAUCUAGAAACAGUUUUUGUUACUGCGGCAGACAAACUGAGCAGCUCAGGAGAGGCUAACAAAAGGACCCUGCUAACAGAAAGCUUUAUUCAUGCUCAAUUUAACACACAUUAUCUCCUCUAUCUCCCGUCAGCACUGCAGAUACAAAUCUCAGCGGGCUUGAUAUUGUUUUUUGCCCAGAGGUGUCCACGGACUACAGUUUCCUUGUCUAAGGAGUAACUUUUGAGGGAGAAAGAUUAGUUAUCUUUUCCAGAAAGUAAUACCAAGAUUUUAAAGUCGUCACAUGUAUUAUUUUAAAAUUUCUCUCCCUUGUUACUGAGCGCUCGGAGCUUCUCCAGACAGAGAGGGCUUAGUGGUGGUGUGUUGAGACAGGAUCACAUGAUUGGGAAUACUGCUGUGCUGAAGCACUUCUUUGAUGUAGUUCUGGACAGACACAGCAGGCUGAAUGUACUGAUAUCCGGUCUGAAAGUACAACUUUGGGCUUGAUAUUUCUUUUACAUAACAGUUUUAUGAACUGAGUAGAUUAGUUAAAGCUCCUGUGAGGAACUUUCAGUCUGUGCCAAUGUUGGUGUCUUCUGAGGACAAAGCAGUCUUCAAUUGUUUGGUCUUCUUCUUUCAUAAGUAGUGUCUUCUGACAGGAAAUUUCAUCCUGAUGACUUAUGACAGUUUAAUGUGUCAUUGAAAGUGAAUAUUUUGAAUACACAUUGUAAAAACAAGGCUAUUCAUCCUGUUCUCCAGCUGCUAGGUCUAUACCAGCCCCCUCUUAUUGGUUUCAGACAUCAGAAAUUACAGUAUUGAAAACAUCAGUCAUGGGCCUAAUGGUCUUAUAUCAUAAAAAAACAUCAAUGUGAAUUUCAGUCUAUUUCUUAGAUAUCAAAAACCUCCUCACAGUAGCUUUAACAGAGAUAAGAGACGACAGAUAACUUUUGGUUAUUUAAUCAUUCAUUAUGUUUUGCAAAUACAAGUUAAGAAACUUGACUGACUUUGGACUGUCGCCAAGCAGGAACUGCACACUAACCACUUUUUACCAGCCGGUUCGUUAGUCUUCAAAGACUCCUUUGACUUCCCUGUAUUGGUCAAAAUGUUUUAUUUAUCAUGCAAUCAGUAUGAUAAGAGACUUAUGACAGAUGUUAAAAACAUAAGAUUUUUUUUCCCUUUUUUGACUUUUACAGAAGAACCAGCCUGACCAGUCUUGAUCCAAGUUUUUUAUGUGCGUGAUUGAGACAUAUUAAACACUUUUCCAGACCUUUUUAGGCAAGCUGAAGCACAAAGUUAAAAGUUUGAAUGUUAUCUUAUCUCAGCCUCUUGUCAUCUCAGCUUAAUUAGAUAGUGAAUAAAUUCAAGUGACUUCAGAGGACCUUUAUAUGGCUACAGUUUUUGGAUCCCCAUAGUUUCCAUCCCAGAAACCACUGCCUUCUUUGAAAUGAAGGAUACACUAGACAAAGUUAAUGUCAACUUGGCUCAGAUCCUGCUCAUGUUAAUCUCUCCCCUGCAGCGGUAAAGUGAGAUAAAUGCAUGGUCUACAGAACACGUUUGUCAAGCUAUUACCAAGUCUAUUAUUUCGCAACAGGAACCUACUGUAUCGUCAGGGGAAAACAGAGUUCAUCCCAGUUGAUUUUAAAGUGACUCAAACAACACCUUUUUUUUCCCUUUAACUGUGUCUCUUUAAGAAAGGGUAAAACAUCGAACAUCACCCUGUAACUGAUACCGAAAGCUUCAGUUCCUGUUCCUGCGGCUCAGAGGGGUACGUUUCCACCUCAGCAGGCAGAAUAUCAGAUGGUUGAGAGACAAAAAAAGGGGCCAUGGAGCCAUCUCUUGGGUCACAUACCAUGCUGUGGCCUACUUAGCACUCUGACUGUGAACACACUUCUGUUGAUGCUGAUGAUGUUUGACUGGACAAACCUGAACUGUACAACAGCAGACUGGCAUUGGCAUUGGGUAAGGAGCAAAUACAAGCCAAAUUAAUUGUAUAGCAGCACCUUGGAUAUUGACUUUCAGCUCAUAAUUUUCCUAGAAAACCAGCAGCUUUAUUCUGUCAAGUUGGCUUUUGCAGAGUUCAUUAGAGCAAGAAAUCCAGACUGUAGCCUUCAGCCUGCAUGCCGUCCUCAGGCUUUUACACACACUCUCUAUGUCUGCGUCUGUGCUGAUAUUUUGACGCUUAUAUUUGCUGAUGGCUGGUAGACGCUCUGUAGAAGUUGCCUGUGUGGAUUGUGAUUGCAGCAUGGAUUUAGGGGUUAGGAGAUGGGGGGAUGGGACGAUAAAGGCAGAGUAGAGCGAGGAGAGUCGGGCUUAUUCCUGUGAAUGAAGGAAACAGUCAGGCUCCAUUAGCCCAACCUUACUGCUGGAAUACUAACGAAUACGACCUAACAGAAAAUGUUCCACUCACAUUUCAGCACCAGCACUCAACAUCAGAAAUUCACACACGCCUCUAUCUCUCUCUCUCAUGUCCCUCCUCUACUUCUGUUCUUUUUCUGACUGUAAUGAGCCACUGAGGACCACAGUCUGUCCUCUCCAGCCAUUGCUCUGUCCAUUUCAGUCACGGUAUGGUGUUUUAGUAAAAGGGCUACUGUGCAGUGAAAAAAAACCUCAAUUCAUUAAUUAGAUACCCCCUUCAUCUCUUGGCAUUUUCACUUGCUCUCCAUGUUAGAUUUGUACCCAGUAGAGUCUCAUUAGACAUUGCUUUUGCUCCUCUAAUAACCAAUUUUGUCUUCAGAAAAUUAUUACGCUAGCAGAAUUAAAACUCAUUUGAAGCCAUGCUGGGCUGGUACAUCCUUUGCGUCCAAACAAAAAAUACUCUUUAACAACUUUUUUAUGGACUACCAUGAAGAUUUUAUUUCUAAGGGUAUAAUACAUUUACAGGAACAGAUCAAGACUUUCAUCAUCGAAAGACUUGUAACUACCCACUGAGCAAUAGACAGCUUUUAGACGUCUAGUUUUUUUAGACCUAAUUUCAACCUUCUAGAUUCUGUAUAUUUGUAAGACAGAAUUUAGAUGUUGCACUUUAACCCAUUAUCGAUAACUAUUUAUUUCAGAAAGCAACUGUGAGUUGCAUAACUGAUCUCCAAGUACUUAACUAAAAUAAUUAUGAUAGCCAUUGAGCAAUGUACAAUGUAGUAUAGAUAUAGCCCAGAUUUAGACUUGGUCUAAUUUCAGAUGUCUAAAAAACCUUGAUUUUAGACCAGUCAUCUAGGCUACAUCUAGACGUCCAUUAGACCUCUUCUAGACCAAAAAGUGCUCAGUGGGUGCUGUAACUACCCAUAAUCUAUCAGCAGUGCAGAGGUUUUCAGGUGCUGUCCCUGUCACUUCGUCUGACUGCAGGACUUUAAUAUCAGCCAUUGUUUGUUACAGGACACUACAAGAGUCCUAACUCUGAAAAUGAGUUAAGCUGCAGUUUACUCUUUCCUGGCAUCUCCUGUUAUCAUUAAGAGAGAGUGUGGGUGUUAAUUCUUCUAUCAUCAGCUGAUGAUCACUGAGUUCAGAUUACAAAUCAGUGGAUACAGAUGAACAUGUGUUUGGCCUCGCUCUUAGCUGUGUCUCUGAUAUCCCUCUCUGAUAAUCCACCAUGAUGACAUACAGCACUCAGAUCUAUCUACAGAUAGUCGAGAGCACUGUAGCCUGCGGUGCAUUGCUCCAUAGGAGCUUCUUAAAUAUCUGAGGUCGACCCACAGAGUCACAAUCAUAUCAGCUCCAGAGUUCAUGUGACAGGGUGUAAUUCAUCUUUUUCUGAGAAGCUGACCACGCUGUCCCUGGUCUUAAUGCAUCGUUCCCACGGCUGGUCCUGUAGUUUAUCCCCACCAUUUCCAACAUUGGUCACAGCAAGACAGAAACAGAGGUGAGCACUGAGAGAGAUAUGAGAUUAAAUCCCCAGUGCUCGUGACCAGCAAUUUUCAACCUAUUUUUGGCUCCAGAAAAACCAUCUGAUGCCUCUUUCCCUCUUUCCCAUAACCGAAGCAUGAGAAACCAGGGCAGCAGUGACCACCCAGGCUAAAGGGGGUCAUGCUGCAAAUGGACAGACUUUCACACCAGUCCAGAGGGCUCCCCAUCACCAGCAAUCACCACUCUGUCCUCCAUAUGCUGUCACCCAUUCAUUACGAUGGAGAGCAAUUAGAACAGUUCCAGUGUGCCUUGUUCGGCUGAAAGGCAAUGAGGUCCAGAAAUAAUGAGUAGAAAGAUGAUGAAGGGCUUCUUUCAGCUCUUUCAAUGACUCACUGACCAUCAGUGUGGAGGAGGAGGAGGAGCUGGGACGUUCUCCCUCUAAUGACACCUGUGGAUCAAUGCCCAGAUGCACAUAGAUAGUCGGUCAUAGACGUUGCAUAAAUAGCUUUAAUCUCACGUACCAAUUACGUAACUUAGUGUUGAAUAAUAGUUAUCUAAUUAAGAAUAUAAUGUAAUCAGCUAAUGCUCUAUGUAUGAUUAUAGUCCUAAUUACGCUUGACAUAUAUGCCACUGUUAUUUUUACACCGUAUGAUGACACAGUCACAUAAAUCUGUGUGUCAGGUUUGUUUUUACUCUCACAGAAGAGCCGAAGCACCAAUGACUGUUUCACUCAUGACAGCAAAUGUUUAUAACAUUAAAGUCUAUCACAGUAGUAGUUUAAUUUAAAAAACUUGAGCUACUGCUGAUACUUUCUAGACAUUAACGAUUCAAAACAUCAGCUGAUCAUCAAACGAUCAGCUGAUGAAUCAAUGACCAUUUUGUCAUUUUUUUAAACUGCACAUAUUUGCACCCCCUAACAGGGGUGUGUUAAGACGUUUUGACUGGGGUGGCCCACCCAGAGAACUGGCUUAUACAGAGGUGGAUAUGAAGUAUAAUAUGCAAUAAAUGUUUAAUAUAAUAUGUAAUAAAUGUUUACCUUUCUUUAACGACAGUGCCUCUCUUUUAGCCACUGAUAUUUAAGUAUCACAUGAAUUUAAUUCAAUCCAGAGAGAUCUUCUCAGCUUGAAUAUGGAUGUUUGUCUGAAGGUGCAAUUUAAAAAAUACUUGAAGCAUUGCCUGCAAACUUCUGCACAAAAUCAAACCAUCACAAAUGCAAUGUUUGGUAAUGCAUAUUUUGCUAAAUUUGGAUUUUUGCUUGCUUUUUUUCGAUGUCCCCUGUCUUAUGAAACAAUGUGCUGAGUAUUUUUGUAUAGAAUCAUUGUACCAACAAAGAAACAAAUAUCACUGAAAUGCAAAGAAAGAAAUGAGCUGUCUGUUGUUACAUAUUCCAAAUAGUCAAUUUCAACAUAAGUCCCGUCCUGUUUAAGGUAACUAGCCAAUCAAAGUAUGUCAAUUUCAAUGUCAGUUUUAUUUAUAUAGCACAUUUGAAACAGCCAGUGGCCUACCAAAGUGCUUUACUGUAAAAUAGGCAUAAACAAUAAAAGCUAUAAAACAAUAAAGAAUGUAAUACAUAUAAAAACAUAAAACAACAAUAAAGAUAAACACAACAAAUAAAAGUAUAGUUCAGGAUUUCAGGUAGCACCUACAAUUGCCUGUCAGAUUUCAUGUCACACCUCUAAAUAAAAAACUUCUAUGUACUGAGACAUGAUGCUUUUCCCAGUAUCAGGCUUUUUCUUGUCCGAAUAGGUUUUUUGAUAUGAUUUAGCUGUCAUCAUAAACAAUAUUGGCAGUGUAGUGUUCAGUACAGCGGGGUAAUUAAUGCUUAUAUGUACGUGUACAAACCAAAUCUCAGGAAUUUUAUCCUCUACAACUUUCCAGUGUGCACUAAGACAGGUCAUGGUUAUUGAAAUUCAAGCUGUGCCUUAUUUGUGUGCAUUACAUACCAUCAGAGGGUCUCAUGGUCUCAUAUUUCACGUUGUGUAUUUACAAAUAUGACAUGUCUUCUAAAAAGAGACGCAGAGCUAAGAGGGGGGAAGAGUGUCUGGUCUUGAAGCAGUGUGUUAAAUCCUGUUAAACUCGGAGCGAUGGUGGGGACACGCUCUGCUUCCCCUGCCUCGCUGUGCUCCAGGGGAGGGAUGAACGAUUCGGGCGCGGAGGAUGAUUUGGCACCAAUAUUUCUUGAUGAGCUGUCAUUGGCUGAAUACAAAUGGGAUUUAAUUGGCUGUCGGAGCAUUUUGGGGAAAUGAGGCAGCAGCCUAAAGCGACGAAUCCAACUCUCUUCUACCUUUUUGCACCAUGUCAAUGAGUUUUCUAAACUCAUCAUGUCACAACCAGCUCUCUAAUAUGAGUCAUGCACUAGUUACAGCGAGAUCCAGUUAGAUUAAGUGAGCUGUGACUGGGGCUUUCCUCUAAUUCAAACGGUCAUUUUUUUGAGCUCAUGAGGAUGUAACUGUGUGGAUAAUGAAUUUUUAGGAGUGAUAAAGAUUUAAGGAGGCACUGACCAAAGAAAUCUCACCUUCUUCCUAUUUAGAUUAAGCUUGUCUUGACAAAGAGCUGUGAAUGAAAGAAUUGUAAGAGAUGUGUACAGAUAACACCGCUCUGAUUUUAUCUCUCAUGUCAGCCGAGGAAAGUGUUUACAGCCUGGCUGGGGAGACAAUCACAGACGAGCCUGGGUACAAGAGGAAGGCUGAGAAUUAUGAGCAUCCUUGUCUGAUGUUUGUCACUGCUGUCUGGUUUACUAACAUGUUACAUUUCUUCUUUUUGGGUGGCUAAAAAUAGAUCAGUUCCUUGUUUUUGUUGGUAAAUCUGCAUGCAGUCUCAGUAGUGUUGCUCUAUCCCGCUCUAAUUUGUUGUUUGUCUUUCUCCUCUUAUUCUCUCUGAGGCCCCCUGUCCUGGAAAAGGAGUUGUUUUUCGUCAGUUAUAGAAAUCACUUCAGCUCCCAGGACCUUUAAGCUGCAGGAUAUUUUGGUGCUGAUCAGUAACUUAACCCAUUUGUUAUUGUCGACAACAGUACAUGCCCAUCAAAGACAAAACAUUGUCCCAUGGUGUGUGAUAUCUGACUAUCAGAAUACAAGCUGUGCAUUUGUGUACCCGGGGGGCGCAGAGUUAUUCUUGUCGCUGCAACAAGUGUGGCCCAGUUACUAAUUCUCACUGCCUUUGUGUGCUUUUGGCAGUGUCCUCUCUAGUGUUUACUCCUGAUGUGUAAAAAGUGAAAAACUGCAGCCAGCUUUCAGCCGGGAUUAUAUCAGUGCACCUGAAACUGCAGGACUACUGUAACAGUUCAGUAUACGUUCCUUUUCUUUAUCAAAUACACAAAAUGUGGGUUCACUGCAUCAUUUAAAGUCCAAGGAAAAAUAACAGACAUUUUGAGGUGUCUUUACUUUUUCUUUAGAGUCGUGUCGUGGAAAGUCUUUUGCUGCUUAUAGCGCCCACAUCUCAUCUGCUUCAUGUCUGUUUUAUGUCUGCUGUUUUCUGACUGUGUUUGUUGUUGAAUUUCCCUCCCGGGAUAAACAAAGUUGUUUAGAUCUUAAAUCUUGAGAAAUAUAGUCAAAGUGUUCAAAGACUGAAGUUUUUAGUUUUUUUGUGUUGGAAUUAUGAACAUUCCUCUGUAUUACCUCUCCUACCUGUGUGUAAUGCACGCUCCUUAACAGAUGAGAAAGGACAGCACAGCAGCAUUGCAUUGUGGGAGAAUCUUGGCUUCAUUACUCAGCCAAAGUGUUUAAAGAGUGAAAGGUGUUUCUUCACAGAUUUAAACACUUUGAACAACCAUCAUAUCAGUUCCUCAUUGGCUCUAGAAUUUUUUGAGUUGUCAACGACUAAAGACAAGAACUACAGAGGGCAAAACUGACUCAGAUUUGACUUGACAUGAAAAUAUUUAUUUUCUAAAUACAAAGACUAAGGCUAAAUUUGAGCUGCCAAAAUAACACUGUUGUCAGGUCUGUUUUAUCUCAUCUCAGAGGUUGAAACUUAUGUUGCUGUCCUUUAAUAAUAUGCAAACGCAAACAAAUCUACAAUCAACAAGACUGAAGAUUUAAUAUCCUUAUUUUUAUUGUCUUAAACCUAUGUGAGGGUCUUGCUGUUCCUCAGGUUGAGAUUUUAAACCUUGGGCCCAGACUGAUUACCUCCUCCUGAAUGCAGAAAUAUAUUUAUAUCAUCUGAUUUCUGCUCAUGGGAGCUGGGGUGUUACUACAGUCUGCUCUUGAGUGCUAUUUUCCUGCCUACAACCAAUUGCUCACCAAGUCUAAUAAUACAUGAUUGGCCAGUACUACUCAUAUUUACUACAACUCUGAUUACAACCGGCCCCCAAGAACAGGUUCUCUAUUUUUAUGUAGACUAUAGAAGGAGAUUUCCCUCCGAGCAGGUGCUGGUUAGCCUGGUUUAAGUCCUUGAAUGAUGUAUUGCUUAAUGAAUUUCAACCCUCCACAAGUUCUUGUGCCACAUGGAAUCAUGCUGGCCUGUGUGUGGGUUGCCAUGGCUACACAUCGAGGUGGAUGAAGAGCGUCAGAGUCGGUGGUUGUGCAGCAGAGUUCUGUCUUCCACUGAUAUCUGCUGAGGAGGAGGAGAAGGAGGAGGAGGAGGGAAGAAAUGGGAGAGGGGGAGUUUCCAUGUCAGGCAUUAAUGUGAGUGUAGCGCUAGCAUGGGGAUACGCCGCUGCACAUCAAUUAUGACUAACAUAUUUAGGAGGCACAGGCUGCCGCACAGUCUGCCGUGGGUUCAUGUGUGACUUUCUUUUUGUGUCCUAAUCCUUUGACUUUGAAUAUGACUGACAAUAAGUUUUUUAGGGAUUAUUAGCUCGUCUUGGUUUCACUGCUGAUUGACCCAGUUUUUCCUCAAAGAUGGCAUUGUGUAUUUGGGAUGGUAGGGAUUUUGGGGGAGGGGGGUCAUAUGCUUCAUGUAAGCAUAAAAAUAUAAAUGGAGAAUCUGUGUGCCGCCGAGGUCUCACACAGGCAGUCGUCUAAAGAUGAAAGCUGCUUUUUUUAACAUUUUCCACUGGUGUGUGGACUGGAAAAUAUUAAAAAGUAUUCAGUAAUGUGACCGUGUGCCAUUUCUUGCAUCAUUCUUGCGCUGACUGACUGUCUCCUGCCAGAAAAUGCUCUCAUACUUUCCUCGUAUGAACUCUGAACCCUCGGUUGCCUUUCCUCUCUCAUGGCAUGAAAUUGAAAUCCCACAGCGGGAUGGAGGGGCGGUUGUAUUCCCAUGUACAGCCAUCUUCCUCGCUCACAUCCUGAAAUGUAAUUGGGUCGUGGCGGAUGAGAGACACAGGAAAGGAGCAACAGUGGAAAUUAUCUGGUGUCUGGUGGCGGAGAAUACUAAGAAGCAGGAAGUCUCUGGAAAUUGCAAAAACAGCAUUUUUAUCAGAUCAACUUAACGCAUUGUGUAUAUUUGGGGUUGCAACUUUUGAGAUAUCUGCAUGCUCAUAGAGUGUUGCCUUUAUUAGAAAUAUUACUUUAAAUUGAAUUACUUUCAAGAUGAGUAAAGAUAUAACUUAGAGCUAUUUCAAUUUUCAGUCCGCCAAGAGAAAUCCAGGCUCUGCUCAGUUUAAUACUUCUUGCACUUUAUUGUCUUUGCUCAUGUUCUCUUUCUUCUUUUAUUACAUCUAUACCAAAUUGUGUACAGCGCAGCACUAAAGGGACGCAAUGUUGUUCCUCUGUGUGUUUUUUUAUUGACAGAAUGACAAUAAAUUUCACCUCAAACAUAAAUCUCAAAAGAAAGACCCUGCCUGAAAAGCACAAUUUCGAAUUUCUUUGUCCUUUAUAGGGUUUCUUCAGGCACAGACACCCAUAGCUGUGUUAUUUCUUAACAGUUUUCAGUAUUUCUAAUUUAUUAACAACAUGAAUUAAGGCUGUUGUAGUAUGUGCAGUAAAUCUGUCUUCAGACUGUGAGGGAAUUGUAGCUGAAAAUAUGCAGAAGUAGUAACCUGUGUUGCAUUUUUCCACUAAGAAAAACAUUUAGAGAAUAGAACAUUGGGGAUUUCCUACCUCAGGAAUGGGAGCAGUCGUCUACAUUUAGAGUGGUAAAAAGCUCCAUCAUACACCAGCUUUUUAUCUCUAUGAAACACUGCAAACAGACCCGAAAACGCAGGUUCAAUAAUACAUGAAACAUCAGGACAGUUCUGCAUACAGAAACCCAUUUCCUCUUCUACAACAUUCCUGCAGUCUGCUGUAAAAGCUGUCACUAAUGCUGUCAGGUUAUGUCUGAAAACAUUAUGCUGCUCAUGCUCUCUAUACUGUGCACAGGUGCUUUGGGAACAGCGAUGCCCUUAUAAUAAGCCUUGUUCCUAUGGUAACCAAGAUAGAUGUGUCUUUGUAGAAGAUGCUUGUGUUUGUUUGCUUCAGACGGUAGAGAAGUCGACUCUAUCGGCCCGUGUGUCAGUUUAACACAGACAGGAGAAUGAAAACCCGACCUGUGAUGCCUUUGAAGGGUUUAGUGACAGACACGUGAAGGUGGAUCCUUUGACUUUUCAUGCACAUACAUUACGCCGCUGAGCGCUGCCCUUUGAUGGCAGCUUUCUGAUCCCUUUUAUUAAGCUCUUGAACUGCGGUGCCGUUACCCCCACUGUGUUAUCAAGGCAGGUAGACAUCACAGUACAUGAUGGGCGUGGCUCCUGGCUUAUCCUCACUCUCACUCUGAUGUCCUCCUGGUCUGGAAUAAAGGCGAAAACCCUCGCGGGAGCUAGUUUGCCUCAGCUGCCGAGCCGCUUCACAGCAGCACUGCCCCUCUUCAAUGAAUUAUGAAUUUCUCAUUGAGAUUCUGUGAGCUAAUUAACAUGUCAGCCCCGGCUAGCGGUGUGAUAUUAUGGGAUCCUGUGGUGCUUUAUUGUACCCACGUUGCUCUUGCCUCACCUUUCCUGUUCCCGUCCCCUGUAGUGUUCUCAUCAGCUGGAAAGCAAUACCUCUGCACCUCCAUCUCUUAUUUUCUGUACUGGUAAUGUAAGCAGAGAUUGCUGCAUUUUGUCCUUGCUCCGUUUUAUGUGAGGCAUGCUGCAUUUGCUUGACGUGCAACAUAUCAGGAUCCCUCUCAGCUGUACCUGUGCAGCUGAGCCUGCCUCCCACCGCUGCUCCUGGCUGUAAUUGAAUUUGGGGUCUCUUGGGUAGAUAGAGGGUAGAUGUGUAGGAGGGAGAGUGAGGAUGAAUGGAGCCCGGAAUGAGGGACGGACGUCAGAGUAUGUGUUAGAGAGAGGGGAGGGGGGAAAAAAAAACUGUUGUCCCAGCUGCGCACAUGCCUGCUGGAAAGGUAUUGACCUGUCAGCAAUCGCUCCUCUUCUAGUCUUUAUUAAACUGUUGCAUAAGCCACCAUGGAGAAUAAAAGCAAAGCAGAAGAUUUCAUCUAUCCCGGAGCAAUCGCACAGCCAAACUCCUAAAACUGAGUUGAGUUUUUCGCUUCCUUUCUCUUAAAGCUUCUUUUCAGCUUUUGUCCUCACUCUUCUCUGGCUGUCUCUCUGCUGAUAAGUGAUGGGCGAAAGUCCGGCGCUUAAAGAAUCAAAGCUCUCUCCGUGCUGGAAUGCCCCUUAAUAGAUGUCAAAGGAUUCGUCCCAGGGGGAUGUCCGCUUUCACACAACCAGUGGGGGUUGGUCUUUUCAGGGUACUCAAGGUCUCUACAGCUCCUCAACAGCAGCAAACGACGACUUAAGAGUAUCUGUCAUUGCAGAACAGGCAGCAAAGUCAUGAGUGGAUCUGACACAUGAGCCGACACAUCCUAAGUUUGAUUCACAUCCUGAAAAUGCAUGUCACUUUAAUGCACAGUAUAGUUUUGCCACCAUAUCUGUGUUUAUGUCUCAUUUUUUUGUAAAGUUAAAUGAGGUUGUGUGUGUCUAAUCAUCUUGUUUUCAGCUCCCUGCUACAGCCACGUGUCUUGUGGAUUUUAUGUGACUGACUUCCUUUAUUUCAUUUAAACCCAUUACACAGAAAUGUUGUCUUGGUGCUCAGAGUUGACGUGCUUUAUACAGAGAGGCGGCAUGAAGCCAUUUAACCCAAUUCAGAUAGAUUUGGUUAGUGAAAUUACACUUGAAUGACUGUGAUGUCAGAGAGGGGUUACAUAGCACGGGUAAAUGUCAGCCAUGCAGUUUGAAAAAUAUUCUUGAUUGCUGUGGCGUCGAAGUAUCGAUGCAAAGUGGCAAGUUGUGCUGUAAUAAUGUGUUAGUUUUGCACGACUUUUACUGCCUUGAUGCUGAGGCUGAAUUCAUGCGUUUACCCUCAGCAUGUAGCAAAGCUUUACUAAAGUACACUCUCAUAGUGCUUAGAAUCAAAGGUCACAUGAAGGGUAGCAUGAUGGUUGUACAUGUAAGUGAUCCUGGACAAAGAUUUGGAAACGGAUCUCGGUGACAUUGAGGUUUUUGACUGUCAGGUCUUCUACACUUAAAAGCAUCAUCUUGGCCACUAACUGUAAAUGCCAUAUUUUUCAACUCAUACACAUAGAUACUUAGAUAAAACACAACCAGUUAACUUCUCACUUAAAGUCCCACUCUGAUUGUUUUUUUGUUUUUUUUUACUACUUUAAUUGUUCUCACUGGUCUUUAAAUUGUGAUUAUGAAGUUUUUACCAAAAAUCACAUUAUUGUGUCAUUUUCAAGGGCUUUUCUUUUGCAGAGCUCCAGUAGAUCAUUAGCGAUUCUCCUCAGGGUAGUGGGCAGAGACAGUGCUGCUCUCAACACUCAUCUUCACGUUAGCUUGCAGCUUCAUUACCAGUGUAAUAGAAGUGACAGGUUACAAAGGAGCUAUUCAGCUCUCGGACACUAAUGUCUUGAGGGACACAAUGAAAGUUAAUAUCAUAAUUAGCUUUCUUACGAGCAUUGCAAUCCGCUAACGCACACGCUUGUUUCACGAUCUUCCUCUGAAUUUCUCCUCUAUAUGCAGAGUGUGACCUGCAUCGCAGGGCUCUGGGGACAGAGCUUGGAUUGGUUACGUAGGAAAUCUCACUGUUUCUGAACCUGACGUUUGGGUCUGCCAGAGAUUCACAGCAAUUUGAAUGAGGAAAUACUCAGAAAAGCAAUUUCACAUUUAGUUUUCUCACGAUAUGUCCUGUAGCAUCAGAAAAAUGCCACGUGAACAUAUAAAAAAAACAAGAAAAACAUGACUUUACCCGGAGUGGGUCUUGAAACAGAUUUUACUCCCAAAACCUGAAAGUGAAAGAUUAAUAACAGGUCAUCUUCAGCUAUUGUGGAUAUGAAUUCGAGCUAAUGCACCCGACAGCCGAUAAAUGUCCCCAAAAUAGCCUGUAAAACCUUAAAAAAAAAAUUCUGAUUUUGUCCAUUCAAAUACAAAUCAUGUUUUUAUUGAAAAAGCUUAUUUAUAUGAGCCAAACUGUGAAGGCAGUGUUAUUAUCUAUGUCAGCUUCUCAAAGGUUAGUGCUUUGCAGUCACUCCUGACAUGUUUUUCAUCCAAUCUUUUGCACUGGACCAUCUCCACAGCAGACUGGCAAUGCUGCAUACUGUAGGUUUCCAUGGAGAUCUUCCCCGGUUUAAAAAUGAAGCCAGCAUUGUGUGACUGAAAGCCCAAGUUGCGCCCAGUGCUGGCUUUCUAACCUCACUUAGUGAGACAAACCAGAGGCCUGAAUUCAAACCCGACACAUUUAAGAGAGAGCUGCGUAUGCUUUAAGCCUUUUACUCACAGGAACACUCAUGUUCACUUCUCAUCUAUUGUUUAUGUGAUGUUAAAUUAGUCAGAGUGGACUUGUUUCUAUCUCUGAGAACCCUUCAAUGUAAGCACUCUAAAACACAAAUCCAGCUCUCCCACUUUCCAGAUCCGGAUUUGUGCAUGUGUGUCUGCACAGCCUUGAUAGCCAGUUUUUAGUCCAGCCAACCCUAAAUCUCAUAGAAAUGGUUUUGGGUGUGCUUGAGAGCCAUGAAGAGGGUGUGGUGUUAGCACCCCAUGUAUUUUAGCUUCAUAAAACAUGGUUACGGUCACGGUAAUUGCAACAUUAUCACACUGAGAAAUGAAGCUAAAAGCUGUGCUGCUAAAAGUAGAACACACAUUUACAUCAUCUGAUGUGAAGAUUAUUACUCACUAUUUAACCUGAACCACAUGCUUACUCACUGCGUCAGAUGGUUCCUUUAUUUUUUCUGUUUCUGAGAUUAGGAAUCACAAUUUCCUUUAUGUUGUCAUGGUUACCGGUCUUGUUCUGAAUUGGUAUUCAGUUGUCACAGAGGCCUGAAUUCCUGCUGGACCCAUGGCCCACAGACAUAGAGCAACAGCUGCCUUCACUGAGCCUGCCUGCCCUCACAUUUGCUUGCCGGCUGGUGUUUGUACCCAAUUCUGAGCCAACAACCUCAAAUGUGGAAUUUCACCUCAGGACAGUGUCCACAUUUGUUACACUGAUGAGAAGGAGUGACAAAACUCCAGCGACAGGGUGGUUCAUGCAGAGGGUUGAAGGUUUAAAUCGUGCCUCAUUAAAACUGGCAGCGCAGUUCUGCAGUAAAUGUUACAUGUCAAAGUGACUUGACACCUGGACCAGACCGUUCAGGUUAGCGGCUCCGAAAGGUUUCUGAAUCCAGAUCAGAUAAAUCCCUGUGUAGGUGCUCUUGACCUGGCUUUUCCUUUUAACCAUUCAGGUUCAAAUAUGCUAAUAAAAAACACAAAACUGUAACAUUAUGGAGCCGCCUCAUGUACAAGCCGCAACUUAAAUGUUGACUUUGACUCUAGUUUAUUAUCACUCAUUCAUACAUGGUUAUUUUUGUGUGGCACGCGUGGGGCUAAUAUACUUAUAUAAUGUUUCUGCUGUGUAACAAGUUGAUAAAAGUAACCUUGACAUAGUAGGCUACACUGAUGGCUGUUUAAAUACCAGACCUGCUAAAAAGUGCAUUUAAGCACACAAAGACCUGAACUAUCAAUGUGACCAUCUGCUGAACAUCAAGCUAGUGAUAAUGUUUUGGCUUUAGCUUUUAUCUGAAAGCACAUCUGGGCCUAAGUACACCCUUACAAAGCUGCUAUCAUGAGUUUAAAAAGCGUAAAGAGUUUCAUGUGCAUGGUAAUACAGAAAAAGUCUUGAAUGAAAAGCCUCCUCUGUGUCAUUCAGUUUGCCUAUCUGAAUGAGAUUCAUACUUUUCAUUCACCGUGCAUCGUACUUUAGCAGUGGGUAUAAAAGGUGCAUCAUUAGUGCUUUUUCAAAGUAGGAGUGCUUCUUGACUGUUGACCUUAAUCCUUGUCCACAGGAAGUGCAGCCUUGGUCUGAGGCUCGUCUCUCUUCAUCUGUGAGGGUAUCUAUAUUCUGUCAGGGAAAUCCUCAAAGAUGGGCUCGUGAGCCGAGUGUUCAUUAGAGGGUCAUACUGAAUGCAUUAAGAUUUUUCAGUAUGAUCUCUGACAUUGAUCUUUUUUAACACUCAGCACCCUUGGAGGUUGUGUUUUUGCAGCUAUUUACUCAGUACUAUGCUAACAUAAAGGUGAAGCAUUUGUCGAGUCAAGUUUGAUUAUUUUUUACACUUCUCUUGCUUUACUAAAUUAGACAUUUUGGCAGUACUAAUUUUUUCCCAAAUGGAUGGCACAGUUUUCAGGCUGGGUAGCUAAGCCUUUAUUCAAAAUGCUAACAAUCAAAAGGAGCUGACACAAUUUUCUCUGUGUUUGGGAUAAAGUUUACAGACUGGGGUUAAAAUGUUUGGCAUGUCAGGCCACCAACUAUCACCAAUACAGGAAAUGGUCUCCAUCACAGGGCAGAGGCGCUCUGGAUUUUCUGCUCUGAGGGAUAAGUAGUUUAAGGCUAAUCUCAGGGAGGCCAACUGAUUGGCCUCGCCAGUAAAGCAGCAUGUGCAGCUGUCAUGAUUUAUUGCUGGUGGAGAUUAUGAGAAAAGGAACGUACGGCAUGCCAGUUCAAACAACCAACAAAUUCCUCAAGUAACUUAACCUUAAAAAAAAAAACCCUGAUCCCCAUCUUUUUUCACAGUUUGUCCAGCUUUAAAAAAAACCUGCGACAGAUCAGAGGGAGGGCAAGAAGCGGAAGCAGCUUUCUUCAGCUUUGUGGUCUGAGUGUGUUGGCGCCUCACAACAAACAGCAGCUUCCACUGUCUGAAAUGAUGGUCAGAGGGAUGAUUUCAGUCAAAGUUAAGCUCUAAUUUCCACGUUGUUGAAAUUCAGAUGAGAGACAACUAGUGUAAAAGUGCGAAAGUACAAAACUGUCAAAACUGAGCAAAACUUAAUUAACCGAGCAAAACAAGGGUUCACAGAGUCUUUGCUGAGCGUGGCUAACACCAGCAGAUCCAGCAUCACCAGUGUACAUGCUACAUUACCUGUAAAUGCACACACACCCAUGCGGGUUAUUGCUUUGGCAGAUGAGACACAGCCUACAUAAAACCAAGCAGCAACUUCUGGGCUUAAAGGGAUAUUCCAGCGUAAAAUUAUUGUAGGGUCAAACACACUGUAACACUGAGUUAGAAACCCCCUCAAGAGAUGAAUGUUGCUGACUGCUUGCUUCUCUAGUUUUACCAACUUUAUUAACAACCACAAGAUAGCAAUACACAGCGGUCUGAGGAGCCAUAAACAAACCUCAACCAAAACGCCACUCUAUAGCCACAAAUAAUGCUCAGAGCAGCACCUAACUUCAUCAACAGUACAUAUAGGGUCCUAGCCAUAGUACAAGGCACCAAACAUUUUUUAGCUUUGCCUAAUUUCUUUAUUAGCAAAGAGAACAGACACAACUCACCCACUGUCUUCCAGGAGCAGCUUGUUUGAAGCGAGACCUCAGGCCAGUUCAUCAUCGACUGAGGCGGGGUAACGCAGCUCAAGGAAGAACAUUUGUGAUCAUUUUCUUGAAGUAAUAAUAAUCACCACAUUAAUCAUUUUGCACUGCAGGCGUGGUGGUUCUUCUACCUUAGUGUCUUGGUUUGAUUGCAUUUCCAUGAAGAAAUGAUCAUAAAUGUUCUUCCUUGAGCUGCUCAACCCCGCUGCAGUCCGUAAUGGACUGGCCUGAGGUCUCGCUACAGACAAGCGGCUGUAGCGAGCGGGAGAGUAAGUGAGUUUUGUUUAGUCUCUUCGCUAUAGAAAUCAGGCAAAGCUAAAAAUAUGUUUGGUGGGUAGUGCUGUGGUGUGUUUGACCCAUAGACUGUAUAUAGAAUGGACAGAGUCUGCCUCCUCUCUGGGUGAAGCCACUCCGAGAACAGCACCCUCUGUUGACGGGCUGCAGUAUAGGUCAUAAAUCCUCUGCCAGCAAAGCUUAUGGGGCUGUGGACAAAGUUUAGAAAUUUAUUACACAGAACAUAAUUUUUUCUCCCCCAUGCUUGUGUUGACAUGUAGUUACAGUAAGACUGGUUUGUGCUCAAGUCCUCUUUUUUCUGUGAAGCUCCGUUUUUAAAAGUUAUUAGGGGGUUCAUGUUUUCUUUGAUUGACACCUGAUACAGCCUAUGGGCAUUCAGGGAUUGCGUAGCUCUCCUGGGGGAUACGCUGUUUGAGCCGAGCGUCAUCACAGUGACUCUCGGGCCGAAUGCGCGCAUUGCUACUGCGCAGCGCUGGUUUCAGGAAAUGAAGAAAAAUCCCGGAAAUACCGAGAGCUUUUUGGCUUCAAAUCUGUAUACAGGCGGUAGGCGGAACCAAGUUGUGCAUAGUAUAUACAGUCUAUGGUUUGACCCUAAAUUAAUUUUACACCGGAAUAUCCCUUUAAGAAAUGCAGACAAUGCAGCUCCUUGCAUGUAGCUCAUUUUCCUGUCAGCACACGCUGUACUGAGGGAAGAAUUUAAAAUCUGUGGUUAUUUACAUCCAGGUAGUAAAGCAUCAUGGCAUUAUGGCAGUGGCCAUGGAGGAUGGCUGUGCAAAGGUGCAGUUACAACAUAUAGUAACUGGUCUUUUUCAAUUCUAGGAUAAUGAAAAAAUCACUGAUUUGUUUAACUAAUAAGUAAUUCUAGUGUGGACAAUGGCAUGUAAUUUUUUGGUAGACUAAACACAAACAUUACAAGUUGAAUCACAGUUGCUCUUCUCAGCUCUUUGGUAUGUUGUAGCCCUGCUUUUAUGCCCAGCGUUGUUAGUUAAAUAAUGACUGUGCAUUUGGCAAGCCUGCAUCUGCAUAUUAAUUAUGAUCCCUAUAAUGCUUAUGCACCAUAUCUUAAUGGCGCACCAUAUUAUCACUGCACUCUCUCUCUGUCUCUGGCUUGAUCUCUCAAACACUUGCAGCACAUAAGCAGAUAUCACAGUAAUUAUGUAGAUCAGUGUGUCGGCUCCAAUAGAAGAGGCUGCUGUUCAUACAUUCAGGGUGGCAGAGUUACUUAAUUAACAUACCUGGGAUGUAAAGUUUUCCAAAAGACUACAUCCCAUCUGUUUUGUAUCUGAUGAAUGAGUUCAGGUCUGAAGUGUGGUAAAGUAAACCUCUGCCAAUCACUGAACUUUCUGAGGGCCUGGAGAGCUACUCCAACAUCUGUUUAUCUCCUUUUUUAGAGAUGAUGAUGUUGAUGUCAGUUUCUAGUGUUGUCUUACAGCAGAGUCCAAGGCUUUGAUUAAGGAACUAAAUAUUCAAACAGUUGGUCCAGAAACAUCUGGCCACAUAAUCACUGCAGGUAAACACAAUCCUUCCCUUUGUACCAGAACUGAUCAGAGAUCUGGAUCAGACAGAGGGCACUUCAUGUUCAGCAGAGAUACACUUGGAGUAGGUACAUUAAACUGGGAGGUAGCCCUGCUCAGUUUGCACUUAAGCUUGGUGGGCUGUGACUGAUAGGGGAUUGAAUGUGACUUUUGGGGGUUAGGGUUGUCAGGCUUGUUAUCUCGAGAACUGAUGAGGACUUGGCGCUACUAUGAGGGUGGUAGCAUAAAUUUAUUUUACAUUCCCAAUAACCACGUAAGAGCUGGUCACAAAACACACAUUAAUAAAGGAUAUGUUCCUUAGAGCACAAGCUUACCCAAUUAGCAGGAGUUAUUUAGAAAGUUAUUUAAUCUUAAAACUUCAGAUGCCCAGAGACUACUCUGAAUUAUUCCUGCAGAAACACCUAAACUUAUGUCUCAUCAGGGGAUGCUACAGCAUCAAAAUUUAAUGACUGUUUUUUCUGACCAUUUUACUCAUUUACAUUUCUUUUACAGCAUCCUUUUGACCAAAAAAGCCCUUUUGGAGUAGCUUUUACACUUUUGUGCUUUGAUUGAGAGAAAGGAUAAAGGGUAGAGGAGGAAACGGAGAAGAGAGAAUGCAGAACGGCAUCCGACAAAAUCAGCCAAUCAGAUUUCAACCUGGGCCGCCCACUCCAAGGUCUAUGACCUCUGUACAUCAAGCACAUGAUUCAACCACCGAGCCAAAGGCCCGUUUUUUAAAUCAAAAACAGGAAAUAAAAAGGCAAAGGCUUAAGGCUAAAGACAGAAAAAAAAGACAUUUAUUGGUUACUGAAGAGGAGUAGUGAAUCCCAAAACAGUGGCUGCCAAACUGGAAAUGUUGACUCAUGCUAACCUUUAUCUGAGCCACAAUAUGGCUAAAAAGGAUGGAGUUCAGGGCAUAGUUUUACUUCCUGGUACAGAACUAUGAGACCUCAAACUGUCAGUAAAAUUUCAGAGUUGUACAGAAUAAAGAAGCGGAGAACCAGAAGGUUAUUGUAGUAGGCUGUAAAUAUAUUUAAUUCUGCUGUAAAAUAAGUUUUAAUGGAGAUUCCUCUGCUAACCCUCCAGUGAACACUUAAAGAGCUGCAGCUUUUAUUACCUGCAGUAGUUUUAUUUCUCAAAUAGCCUGAAAUAGCCUGCCUACUUUUUUUUUUUUUUCCAAAUGGUACUUUUAGGAGGGAAAGUUGUUUGGCAUCCUUUCAAAAUAAAAGCAGGAAAAAACAUCUUAGCUAACAUGAAGCAAAACAAAUCAGUGUGUAGGGAACAAUCUCUUCUCUCGAGUUAAAACAUAAAUCAGGUUACAUAUUCAGGCUUUUCCUUUUUUUCUCCAUUUCCUUUCUCUUUGCAAGUUUAAGAUUGAUUUAUCUGUGACAUAACCGCACAAAGUGUCUUGCCCACUACACAUGAGUCUCUUUGGUGUAUCCUCAUAACACCAUCUGUUCUGGGGUCAAGCUUAGCAUGUCAGGAUCCCACUGACCGUUUAAUCAAUCUGAAUCAUUAAGAAAUACCUCCCUGACAUGUUUUGUAUUCAGAGUCUACGGUGUAUGAAAGGCUUGUCUCCAUCGUGGCCUGACCUUGUGGUAGCUGUCUCUCACAGUUACACUUAAUUAAUCUCCUAAUUAACCUAUUGAUUGCUUUCACAGUUACAGUGCUCUACAGUAUUUACAGCUAAUUGAGGGAGCUCUUAAUUCUGCAGGUAAUGGAGGUUUUCUGCUAUAGAUUAUUUUCAAAGUAAUCCAAAAUUGUACAGAAAUCCCACAUUAAAGACAGGUACGUUUGGACAAAAAAUUUAAUUACAUGUAACCCGGUGAAAGACAGAUUGAGGUUCAAACUGUUAAACUUUUUCUACAUGUAAUAAAAUGAUAGGAAUUGCAUAGGAAGUAUACAACAGUUUGAAGGGUCCUCCUUUUUAUUCUCUAAUAUGGUAAUGAUGGCUUAAAAAUGUAUUAUUCAGCUCUUCAACUUGCUUUUAUCUAGCCAAACUUAAUGUGGAGUCUCAGCCCAAAUGUGAAGUGACGCUUCCUCCCCCCUGACUGACAGUAAUCCAUGGCUCUGGGAAGGGGUGCUGGUGGAGAAAAACCAGCAUGGGUCCAGAAUUUGGAGCACUUUGAAAGAGAUUCAGGCAGAUGAGAGAAAAAGAGGCCAAUCUUUCUCGGUAAUUCCAGCUGCUCUAAAAUCCCCUCUCGCUCUCCGCUUUUUAAAAACGAUAGUUAAGAGUUAAGCAAGGGCAUGAUAAAAAUUUAAAGCGUGUUGCAUCAGCGCAUGUUUAACAUAAAACCCUGACCCAGAGUUUGCAAAGCAUGUUGGGAUAUUUGUUCAACUCUUCCACUGUGUAUUCAGUUUGCGCACUGCUGAAGCAAACACACCACUGUACGAUCUGUCUCCUGAUUUAUGGCGCUCUGACGAACAGUGGGAGAUCCUCACACAAAUGAGCAGAGCGGCGCACUGUUAUUCAGCCGCACAACGGUCACAACAGGACACUUAAUUAUGCUUUAUGCAGAAUCAAUAUGUUUCUAGCAGGCGCAGGGGAGGGCAUGCAGAGAGAGUGGGGAGGAAGGAGGAAGCGAAGAAGGAGGAGGAGGGAAGCUACCUCCAUCUCAGCACACCCCCAUUGAGUCCAGGGGACAUUAUUUUCAUGGUUGUCCUCUCCUGGCCUAGAGGCCGGCCUACUGUGACAGAGCGACUCUGACAGCUGUGGCAGCCCAAUCAUCACUUUCCCCUUCAUUUGUGCUGAGAUUUUUCAUCUGCAGCUUGGGAGUUCUGGCAGAAAAAAGCUUAAAUAUAAAAAAAACGUUUUAAGUAUUUCCAGUAAUGCUUCAUUAGAUUGUGCUAAGAUAAACCCACCAUGUCUCAUUUAGUUGUAAUUACACAGAAGCUCUAAUUAUGGGCAGUUUUUCUUUAACAUAUGCAUGGUCACACAUCUUUAUAUGCAGUGAGGGUCUGUAGGUAAUUUGACAGGAUUAUCAGAGGGUUCUCCUCCCUCCUCGCCGUUCUCUCUCAGUCAGCUUCCUGCUGUAGCCGAGUCACCCUGGGAACCUCUGCACAACAUGACAUGAAUCUCAAUGAGCUCUGGUUGCCACUGACCUCUCUGUCCUACCAUUUCCCUCACAGUGCACAGUUUACACCUGCAUGUGCAUAUAUGCAUGCACACACAGCAUAUGCAGAGAUCCUUGCACUCUGUUUUAAUUUUUAUUUGUUGAGGUGGAAGCCAAAGCAGCAGGGGCAGAAAGUCAGGGCUGUCUUCACAUAUGUUUCCAAUAACAGGAGGAUUCAGUUUGGGGAUGUAUCUGCCUGCUACUGGAAGUUCAAGUUUCAGCCCAGCCUGAGGAGUGCUAUCAGAAGAGCUACGCUUCACUAAAAUGUAUCCUAAAUCAUUCCCUGGGGUUUUUCCAGCGCUACCACAUGUGCAAAGUAGAAUUCAUGCCCGCGUCUCCUAAAAUUCAUUUUGAGUCUCCAGGGUCAGUUUGAAAUAUCUGCGUUUUCAGAAUUUGCCGUAGUCUUUUUCCGUCUUAUUAAGCACUUUUUCUUAUCAGGGACAGGUCAAUAAAAUACAAUAAAAAGACAUCGAGUGUAUAAACCACAAGCAGAGUCUAUUAGUUUUCUGAAAAGGUGUCAUGAAGCCCAGAGGGUGCAGUUACAGUUUUGGAAAUGCUGACUCCGACUAUAUUUACUUGAUAAUAAAGAAACUGCUAAAUGGUUGAGUUGAGGCGAUAGCCUGGCUGCCCUGGAAACAUCUAAAACAAGGUCACCUGCCUUCUAAAUAAGCCUCACUAAACAGGCCUGAUUAUGCAUAACUAUUUACUGACUGUUCACUAGGGGUGUCAUGAUUCUACAAAUCCUUGAUUCGAUUAAAUUUUCGAUUUUAGGGUCACAGUUCGAUUUGAAUCUUGAUUCUUUUUUUUUUUCUUACAGCAUAAAGGCCUGUGCCAUUUUUUUAGACUAGUCUAGUCGACGAUCAUUGGUUUUAUUCAUUACAUUUUGUACAGUACAUCUGAUUUCAAAAGAUGGGCAACAUACAAGUGAUGCUAUUUCCAUUAUUCUCGUGUUAUGUAUGACAUUAGGCACUAACAGUCACAUUUAAAUAAUUUAUUUAACAAUCUUGUUUUCAGUGAAGUGAAAACAACAAAAACAAACAUAAUAACAAAAUAAGAACUCACAGAGCCUCGUGUCGGCUACAAUGUGCGGCGUUGUCAUUUGCUUCCGCCUUGCACACCUCCCGGAUGUGGAGGGAGGAGAUCGUCGCUCCUCUCUUUGAUUUCGAUUAUCGAGACCAUGACGUAAUUUCAAUCGAUUUUCAUAAAAAACGAAAUCGUGACAACCCUAAUGUUCACUGUAAAUAAGUGGUUUUGAUGGGAUGUCUUUGACUUUUGGGACAGUCCUCAAGUGAGAACUGGAAAAACUGCAGUCACUUCCUCAUUGGCUCCACUUAGUCGGAUGAGAUGGUUUCAGCGCUGAACCUUCCCUUUUUCUCCACUGGUUUAUUUCUCUUCUUUUAGUCUCUCAGACUGUCUCAUCUUUGACCUCAAUCAGCGUCCUGCGAUGACACAGCUGAGAACCCCCCACUGUGAGAUGACUGCUCCAUUAUCUAUCAAGCUAUAACCGAACCAGCAGGGGCCCUUAGACCAUCAGGGACCUCUCGUUUGAGACACUGGAUUUUUUGAUUCCUCUCCUCCCCGGUGAUGACUGACCACUUUCUUUAGGAAUAAAAACACCACAACUCUCAUAUCCAACCAGCCAUGAUUCCCUUUGUUCCCGCCGUCUUUCUGGAGCCUAAAGGAAUUGGCAGGCUGUUCAGCACCCGUGCCACCUGCCCGGCAACACUCCCCCAGGAGGGCUUUGGUGAGCGCAGCCCAGCCUGGCUUAUUGGAAGUGAAGUAGACCAUACCAAAAUCUCCUGGAGGGGAACAGUACAGGGAGUACACAGCUUCUUUACACCUGACCUUUCUGUUGUUUUCGCUGACAGGAGCACACUAACAAGAGAUGUGGGGUGGGGUGGGGGGACGAGGUCGAGCAAGGGGGGGCAGUUUGGUUUACCCUGAAGUGGAAACCUCAGGCAGACACGUGUGCAGACAUCGCUGUCAUCUUUGUUUAGCUCAUCUCUGUCAGCUGGAGCAUGUGGAGGUCAGUGUGGUGAUGCGAGCAUGCUAGCACUCAGACACAUGUAAACAGUAGUAGCAUCCUAUGAGCCCGUGUUCAGAUCUAAUGAACCCAGACGGACCCGACCCGGCCUGGGACUGAGACCGCUGAAUCAGGGUUGCACUGACUCACUCCAGUCUUGGCUGCUACUACAUAUGCUAGCGCCAGUACUUUCAUGGACAGAGGUCAUAAAAAUGGAGAUAGGAGACAUUUUCUUGGCUUGGUCUACGAUGAGAGAAAUGUGAGCUGCUGAGCAUAUUUUUGUCUUCAGAUUUGAACCUUUCUGCAGGGGGAGAGGCUGCACAGCUUAGAAGAACCAAAACUGAUUUUCUAUGCUGGUUUUACAUCAUUAGCUCUUUCAGUACGUUGUUGAAGUAACUAUCCAGCUCCAAUGACAGCUGUUUAACUUGUAGCACUUUGAAACCUGGCCAUGAUCUCUCACUCGUCACUACAUAAGACAGAUGCUGUAAUUGAUCCGAUGAAUCAGUAAGUCUGCUAUAAAUGAGUAGAGGAAAAAGGUGGGCCAUCAUCCUGUGCACCAUUGACCUCAUACUUCUGAGGAGUUUUGGCUUUAAACGGCACAGAGCCCCGAUCUCGGCUCCAUCCAACACCUUUUGGAUGAACUAGUAGGCCAACUGUGAAUCAGGUCUUAUCACACCACUUCACUAAUGCUCUUGUGUCUGAAUAGUAGUUAAAUCCCUGCAGCCUGAUCCCAGAAUCUUGUGAAAAGCUUUCCUAGAAGAGCCAGGCCGGUUCUAUCAGCAAAUUAAUGCCCAUAGUUCUGAAAUAAGAGGUUUCACACUUGCAUAAUGGUUUAGUUUCACAUUCCUUUUUCGAGCAGGGGUUUGCACAAGUAUGUGAGAGUGCUGAGUGCUUUAUUUGAGUUAUACUAGCACUGCAGGGGUGUGUGUUUCUUAUAUUUGGGUGAGACUUUGAUAAGAUGCCUGUUGUACUUUUUCACAUGUGGCCUAAAGUUUACUCCACCUGACUGGAGGUCAGGUGGAGGACGAGGGCCAGAAGGUGAUCUAUAACUUUAUGACACACUACACUGUAAAUAUAGUUUUAAACUAUUAUGAAAUAGUUUGAAUUAAGAUUAAAUGAGGGUUUUUUUAUAAACUCAGAUAAUGUUGGGUUUGAUUUAUUUUCAAGUGAAGUUAAAUAAGUAAUCCUGCAGAAAUAGAUAAUUAAAAAAAUAUAUUUGACUGAGCAUCUUCAGGAUUUUUAUGAGUCAAACAUCAUCUGAGGGAGUAAAUACCCCAAUAUGAGGUGUCUGCAGAGAUGGAGGCUGCAGUGUCAGGACUGCAGUUCUGGGAUGGCAUCUUCAGGACCCAUGUGUUGUUGUAACAGUUAAGGUUACAGCGACGGUAAAGGAUGUUACACACCGGCAAAUUAGCAAAGUGAAUUGGUUUCUCCUUCUUCUCUCUGCCUCUCUGUUUUCCCAUGGCGUAUUUUUAUGCGAAUAUACGAAUUUUAUUCGCAUUGCGCCAGGUUCUUAUGGGAAAAGGUGUAAGCCAAAUAUUUUGUAGUUUCGCAUCACCUUUUUGCAUUGUUUCAGUGUGUAACAACUUUUACAGUCCCAGAAAUGUGGUCCUGAAUCUGCAUCCGAGUCUGCAGACCCAUGUUACUCAGUAAAAGGUCAGUUGGUUCAUGAAAUCAUUUUGGGUACAGGCACUCAGCCUCAAUGGCAGUAUUUUUUAUCUGCUGUUUCUGCCUGUAUUUGAUAGGAUAGCUGUAGGGACAGGAAAUGUGGAGACAGAUAUGCAGGAAGGGGAUGAAGCCCGGAGUGGAGCCCGUAGCUGCUGCAACAUGGGCUACAGCUCCUGCACACAGGGUUUACGUUUGUGCCACUUAGCCCAUCCAGUUCCCAAAGAGACUGUAGUUUAAUUUAACAAAAGCAAGCAAAUACAUGUAAAUAAAUACUUGUUUGUAAUAUAUAGUUUGGUAUUUUUUCCUUCUUUCUUACAAAAUCUUCACAAACUAUGGAAAAGCUUCUCUAAUUCUGCAGCAAGACCGCAGAGUUUGGAGUAAAAACUAUGUCAUGGUGUCCUUUUGAGGGUUUGCGUCAUGACAGCGCUCAAUCCCUGAAACUUGUGCUUCAUUAAGGACGGCGCUCUCAUUGUGGCGGGGCUGCAGCAGUGUCAAAUGGCAGCACCAUAACUCCAGUUUGCAACAGCUGCAUUUAAUCAAGCUCUGCCUCGGCUCUAAUCAGCCUCUGCCUAACCCAUCUCUGCUUGGCUCGUGGUCACUUUACCCUGACAGCAGAUUUAUAAGACUGGAUAUGAGAGAGCGGCACAGGAACACACCGCUCUGCCCUCACUGUAUUCAGCUGUCUGCUGCAGGAGAAACUGGUGCACUAAACAGAAUUCAUUAAAGGCUUGUGUUGCCUCCAGUUGAAGCAGUCAAUUAGGAAGCUAUGUGUGUACAUAGGAAGGGUGUAUUUUGGCUGAUGGCCUCUUUCCCUCCGGCUUGCUUGUUGCCUUCCCAAUCAGCACCCUUGCCAUAUGGAAACAGCUGGUCCUCAGUGGUGCGAUGCCCUCUGCUCUGCAUGAAGCAAGCCUGCAGAGAUAGCCAUGCUACACACACACACACACACACACACACACACACACAUACACAGAGUAGGAGCGAUGAGGAUUGGGGGGGACUUGUUUGGGGAAGAUUAUGGAUUUGGUUGGGGAAGUGUAAACCCUCUCACUAAGCUGGUGCAGCUUAAGUUUUUACUCUCUAAGCAUUAAAAGGAACAUAGACAGUGUCAUGCUCUGCCUUAGAAACACAACAUGGAUUUGCAGGCCAGAAAACCCCCCUUUUUUUGUGGGAUGAAAAGACAAAGUAAGAGCAGUUCAACUGUAAGGAGAGAAUUCUUUUAGUAACAUUUGUCCGUAUCCUUAUCUGAGCUACAGGGAACUGCCUCUAUAAACACUCACUUACUGUAGCUGUGAUACGCUGCGCACUGCUGCAAACCAGUCACGAGGAAUCAACCAUGCAGAAAGUCUCCCGUUGUGUGCCUGACAGAGCUCUGUGUUUCCUUGGGGCGUCUAACCGCAGCAGUGUUUCCUUGGAAAUCCCUGACAUUUAUUUGACCCUACAUGGGAACAUUUCUCUAGCUCCAAAGAUGUGGUGUAUCUCUUUUUUUGCAUUGCAUGUAUUUGUGGCUUCAGAGUGUUUAUAUGUGGAGAAAAGUAGUCAGGGAGAGUCUUUGUCACAUCCCGAUACUGUAUCAGCCUCAAAGACCGCUGGUCCACGAUCAGAGACUGCAAUGACACUGAAAAACACAGAUCAAAGAGCAGGUCCAGCCUCCUGUAGCUGCUAAAGCUGUUUGUGGCCGACUGAGCUUUUGAACACUGGGAAGGAGAGGAGGAAGGAGAGCAGAGGAAUUUAGGCAAACAGAGUUGUCAUCUGUUUAGUGGAAUUAACUUCUAAAGGGAGUUACAGGCUGCAGAGCAGCACUUUUUGAUUUAUUCUCUUUUUUUGUGUCAAAUAAUGGAAAACGUCUGACAAGGGAACUUUAGAGUAAACAUGGUGCAAAAAAACUGAGACAAGUGUAAUUUUAACCAGAGUCCUGUGUUGUUUUCUUUCCUUUCAUUUACAGCAAAAAGCCUCAGGCAAGGUGCUGUUUGACCUGGUGUGCUCCCACAUGAACCUCAUCGAGGGGGACUACUUCGGUCUGGAGUUUCAGAACCAUCAAAAGAUGAUCGUAAGUAAUAAUGAAAAUAACUGAGGAUGGAGUUAGAUUUGUUUUAAAACUGCUCCCUGAUGUUACAUUUCAUGAUCCUUUUGUUUCUGCAGGUUUGGUUAGACCAUAUCAAGCCUAUCAUCAAGCAACUCAGACGUAAGUGUAUCCCAGUUUUAUCCUCAAAAAUCAGCAGUGAAGUCAGAUAACAUCCACUAUCAUCGAUGCUAAACUCACUCCAGGGGGAGAGAGUGCUUUGUAUGAAAGCUUUUUAUGCAAACACAUAAUCCUGCAUAGAAAUAUUGCAGUCUGACAUUAAAUCCAUCAUCUUUGAAGGCUCACAUGUCCUAACCGGCCUCAGAGAUCUGCUGCUUCAGUUUUAUUUAUACGAGGAUGCAGCUUGUGGUUUAAGCUGUCAAAUUAGGUUGCGUAAUAUUUGGGAGUGUUUGUUUAGCUGAGACUGCUCUACCUGAUAAACUGGCGACUCAUUGUGUUUAUGUGUUGUUAAAAAAAAAAAAUCAUGUAUCCCUCACAGGGCCGAAACACACAAUCUUGAGAUUUGCUGUGAAGUUUUUCCCUCCAGAUCACGCCCAGUUACUGGAGGAGCUGACAAGGUGAGCUCUACGGCACGAAUGAAUAAACAGAUUUGAUCACUAUAUCAUGCACCUCCUCCGUUUGUCAUUGUAAUGGCCUUUUAUAUGUUUUAUGUCAGCGUAGAAAGACUUUAGCUGUAAUUGUCGAGGCGUAAAUGAAACAUGUGCUCCUGUUCCCCAAAGAUUUACUCACUCUGCUGCCGCUCUGUAUUUCACAUGUCACGGCUGCCAUGUUUCUGAUUUAGGCCUCAGGAGAUUAGAGAGGGGCUAAUGAUUUUCUGGUUUCAGUUUGCAUGUUGCAGAGCGACUCGCAUGUUUUCAUUGUCAGAGCUGAGAAAUAAUAGGCACACAGAAAGUCAUAUCUGCCUGACACACCUGUGUGUGUGUGCUGUUGUUUUUGGCUGAGGUCUCCCACAUACCUCAGAUUCUUUUAUUUUGAACUGUAGCGUGCAACACUGGAAUAAUAACAGGAAUUCAUCAAUCACUUUAUUCUGAAUUAUCCAGCCUACAUGAAAAAGAAGCCUGCACACGUGAGGUAGCUCCCACUGAAAUAAAUAACAUGCUGUUGAAUGAAACACACAUGUGGAGCAUGUGUCCGCAGGAGAGCUGGAACAAUGAACCUUCAUGAAUUUAAGAUCAAUCCUUGACACUUUUAUAAUUAAAUCUCAAUGAUUAGCCACUUGUUUUAAAUCAUGCCUUGUAAUAAUAACUUGUAUUCAGAGAACUCUGGUAAAGUGGAUUUAUUACUGGGGACUCUUUAAUUGGCAUAAAUCCGUGUUUUGGCCUUACAAGGCUGAUUAAAAGAAUGAGUAAAUAACGUCUGCAGACACUGCAGGCAGCUGCCAAACAACACUCAUACCUCCCUAAAUAUGAACCUGUUUUUUUUUCUCAGUCUAAAUGACAACAAAUCAGAACUAAAACAGGCACUGGUUGGAAAUAGACCCAUUACUCUGUUGCUUGAUUAUUGGCAUUUUGACGUAAUCAGCAUCAUAUUGGCAUCAGCCUCCACAAGGUCGAUAUCACCAUCAUCUUUCCCAUUAAAAUCACAUUUUUCUCUUCACUCAUAAACAACAAAUUUAAUCUCAAACAGUCUCUGGUUGGUGUUUUAAUUUAAACUCUGUUAUGAUGUGUUGUAUGAUUCAGUUUAGUAUUGACAGCAGUAUUGAUCAUUUUCAGAAAUCCUCAGCAUAACUCAGACCUGUCUUUCGACUAAUUCAUUAAAAAGCCAUCUAAAACAUGUUACUGGCUAAAAUAACUGUAUAUAUAUCAGGUUUGAAUGUGUACAAGAUAACAAAAUCAAUAUUUGCCCUAUAAUAUUUUUCUUUCUGAACCGUUUUAGAUUGAUGGACAGAAAUACAAACUUCCUCUGUGGCAACAUUUCACUGAGCCAAAUAUUUUUCGAUUUAAAUGUAUUUAAUAAAAUAUUCACUCAAGUUCAGUAAUUUUGUUUUUUAUUUCUAUUAUGAAAUGAUGACAAAAAAGACAGCAUGAUAUUGGUAUUUUAUAUGGGCAAUCAGCCACCCUACAUAAAUAUCAGUCAUGUUUUGAAGCCUAUAGUAUAACUCAGUGUAUGUUUCUAUUUCAGGAAUUGAUUAAAAUCCAUCCAAAAUAUAUUGAUCUACAACUGUACAAGCACAAGCAGGCAGGGAUACAGCCGAGGUUUCUGUUUGUGGUUGGAGGUUAUUUUUAUUCACAGCUGCUAGAUAAGAUACUUCCUUUCCUGACAGCGAAUCAUUUAUCUGUAUUUUAAACUCUUACUUAUUUUUCAUUAUACCUUUAAUGUGACUAAAUUGAAUCCUCUGGCUUGUAUUCAAGAGAAGCAGCACAUAACAUAAGAGAGUCAGUAAAUCUUCUUCGCUCUCUCCGCUCCAUUAUUAUCAAUUAUUGAAUCCUGAAUCAUCCACCAGGGCCAACUUCUUCUGGAAGCCUUGUGUGAAAUUAAAAGAGCCAAGUAAAAUUAUAUUCUAUCAGAAGUCGAGUUAAAGCGGCUCCGUUGGAAGUCUCGCAGAUUUCAUUUGAUCUCGCUCCAGCGUUGGAAACAACCUCCACUCCUCCUCCUCCCCCAUGUGAUCACUGAAGUCUGUUUGUGUUUGUGUCCAGGUACCUGUUCGCCCUGCAGAUCAAACAGGACGUUUCCUGUGGACGUCUGACCUGUAACGACAGCAGUGCAGCGCUGAUGGUCUCUCAUAUCAUCCAGUGUGAGUUCCUCAUGGCUGUUUACUCGUUUGGCUGGAGAAACCAAAGAGUCGACUGAUCAGAUAAUUGUCUUUGAAGACACACUGUGCGUUUUUCCACACACAGCUUAUCAUCAAAACUUCUCUUAUAGCACACUGCACACCAAGGAAAAUUGAUUAUCUCGGAGUUGCCAUGGUUACCUUUUCAGUCAGAUGCUUGAAAUAAUGUUGGAUGGCUUCAGAGUAACUGUUCAUAUUAUGGAGCUGUGCUGGGGAGUAAAAUGCUCAUUAAAAACCUGACAUUUCUUAUUCAUAACAAAGAUCACUGUGUGUUUGACAAACAAAGAGAAGAGCUCUUAUUGUAAUACAAGAGAGUAACGCCAGAGCUUCUGUUUGUUUCAAUCUAUGAGCUCACCUUGAGGCCUCAGGUUUUUAAUUAAUUGCGAUCAAAAUCAAGAUGAGGAAAUUUUGUUGAUUUAAACCAAAGGUAAGAGGAAAAAAAAUAAACAAAAAGGGUGAGUUGGCCAUGAUGGAAAAGAAAUCUAAAAUGUCAGGUCAUAAUUAUAAGAUUAUGAGAUGAAAACCAAAAUGAUGAGAUGAGAUUAUGGAGCAGGAUUAUGAGAAAAGAGUCAAAAUUUUGAGAAAAAAAGUGAAAAUUACAGAAUUAAAAGUCAGGAUUAUGACAACAUUGUUUGGACCGCAGCUGUAGUGAACACAUCUCUGCUGUUUUUUUCAUGUUUAACAUCCACUCAGCAGAGCAAUAUAAUAAUUUAAUCAAUCAUAUGUAGUUUCAUCUUCAGCUCAUUUAUUUGUAACCAUGAUGGCAUGUUUCCUGUUGAAGGUCGCCACCUCACCAUCAUCAGUCUUGUUUUUUCUCUGUCUGAGCUGCUUCUUGCUUUCAAGGGUGUGUUUACCGAGUAUGAGCCCAUGAUUUCAAUUGAAGUCGUCCACAAUGUGCCUGAUGCAAGAAUUUUGACUCAGUAUCUCAUAAUUUCGACUAUGUAUUGCAUAACUACGACUUAUCAAUGUGAUUUCAUUCUCAUUCAGUCUAGUUUUUCCUCUUUUCUAUUUUUAAACUGGCAGGAUCAGGCUUUUAAAAAGACUAGCUCCCUGCACACAAAACUAGUAAUUGAAUAAGACAUUAAUUACCAAUCAAUAAUUUUAUCAUGAGCCAGCAGGUCUGUGCCAAGUCUAUGCUGCACUGAGGGCCAUUCAUAUAAUUCACUACAUAUGCUGUGUGCAGACAUGUUGGUCUUUGGACCUGUUUGAACAUUGCAGGACAUGUUUUUCUAAUUUUAUGCAUAUUUUGUUCUGUAGACCCUUGUCUGAAUGACAGAGAAAUGCUUUUGUUUUCAUGGUUGUUUCAACAUUUUUACCCUGUCUUUAAUUGUAUUUUCAUAUUUCCUCGUGUUUUAUCUGAUUUUUUUUCUUUUUUUUCUAUGCUCUUAAUUUACCAUAUUAUAAUUAAUUUUAACUUUUUUAUAUUUUAUCUGUUGUGCAACACUUUGGUAACCUUGUUGUUUUUAAAAUGUGCUAUACAAAGACAGGGUGAAUUGAGUUGGAUUGGAUCCAUCUUUUAAACCAGCACAAGCAACAAACUCCUGACUGUCCCUCCCCCUGACUGUUGUGUGUUGUGGAUCGGUUUCUGCAUGUUUUGCUGAAAUUGGUUGUGAACCCUCCUCUCUCUGUCUGUGUGUUUUCACCGUCAGAGUCUGACUGGGACUUGCUUUUAUUUGAAUUUUACAGUACUGCCAAAAUUUGCAGGCAUAAAGGUGUUCAUCCCCCAAAAUGAGUUCAAACAAAAUCGGGUCUGCAUCAAAGCUUUCCUAGAGGCUCUUCAGGACAUGUUGAAUUGUUGAAUUUUAUAAAUUUUCUUAUUUUUUCACCUCAUGUCUCUAUAAUAACAUGCAUUUUUUUUCUGCUCCUUAUUUUUUUGUCUCUUUAGCCGAGAUAGGAGACUACGAGGAGAGCUACUGCCGGUCACACCUCCUCAAUAACACCUACAUCCCAGAUCAGAUGCCCCUGAUUGACAAGAUCAUGGAGUUUCACUCGAAGAAUCUGUGAGUUUUCUUUGCACAGUCUGAAGGAAAGCUGUCUCUUCGGUUCAGUUCAUGUUCCCGUAAAGCUCUGUUUAUAAAGUUACUGCAGCCGUGACUGAACAACAAUUGCUCUCAACGGCGAACAGGAAAGGUUGUUUCAGACUUUGUGCGUCUCCUGCUGUGUGGUUUUAUUACACAGGUGACACAUUCAGGAAAACAGGCGUGGAGUGAAUAAGUUCUCUCUGUGCUCGGCUCUCUGUUAUCCUAAAUGGAGUAAGAAAAGCUUGUCUUUGAAAGCUGUUUUACAGCUCCUAGUCAGAAGUGUAUUUCAGUUUGUCUACAGCUUUCUCAGCAAAUAUGAAAACGUCCUUUAACCCAACAAAUCACUCAGGCAGCUGUUGUUCCUGCAGCUAAAGAUUUUAAGUAUCUGUAGUUACAUGGAUUUGGACUCUCUUGCCCAGUAUUUUACUUGUCUAGCCUAAAGUGUUGUUCUUUUGGGAGUUUGUUAGUUUUUUCUCUCAAAUCUUCUCUCUUUCUCCUCCACAAAACGCCUUAACCAGCCCUUAAAUCUGUACACACAUCAUAGCAGGCUGAGCCAGAGGCUGAGGCACAGUGGGCAUCUGUUGCAUUAAAAAUCAACAAACCUCCAUCAAAUUUCCUGCCCCGCUCAACCUGCUCGUUCCCCACCUUAAGCUCUCCUCCUCGAUAACUGUAGCUGCAGUUUUCCUGGCACGCGAGAGAGUCAAACCUCUUAUUAAAGAAACACACACACACAGAAAAACAGGAAGGCUUAUCCACUGAUAAGAAUUAGCAAAGUUAGUUGACAUUUGCAGCCCCUCCCCAAGCUUCAGGCAGUGCUUCAAAAAACUGAGAUACACAUGAGAAACCUUCAUCCACUCCGACUCGAUCUUUCACCUCAAUUAGUGGGACACACAGCAGGAUGAUAAGCCCGGAUUUAAUUUACGGUUUUGUCCAAAAUUUGCCUGAAAGAUAACGAAUGCUGGAGUUAGAACAAGUAAAAAGUCAAAGUGUUGAAACCUGGAGGUAAGAUUAGCUCUUCAGGUUUUGCCGUCUUAACUUGUCCUCUUUACUUCAGUCUCUUUUGAAAACCCUUUAAGAUGAUAUUAAGGUAGUAAAGGUUAUUCUCCUUUUUGUUUUCCUCUUAGUCAGAAGAUGAAACCAAACCCAGUAAUAAGCCAAUCUAUCACUUUUACCUCCUUCCUGUCAGCCCAAAGCUCGGUUUAUUUAAAAAAAACAUUUUUCAGUGAAAGCUGAACUUCUUUGUUAAACUACCGCCCCCUCUUUGUUAAAGCAAACUGAUCCAAGCAUAAUUAAAUAGUGCGUUUGUUUCAGGUUAUUUUCAACUACGGAUUAUCACACAUUUGUUGCUUAAGGGAGUAUUUACAGCAGCAGGAUGAUCUAUAUGGGAUUAACUCAAAUAAACCACAGUCUCCGUGUCCACAGGCUAUGAACUUAAAUGCCACCCCGAGCAGCUCUUUGUUUGUCUUUAAUCGUUUUGGACAACAAUGAAAGUAUGAGGCACAGUUAUGUCAGACUGUGGUGAACCAACAGGGAACGCUCAAACAUGAAGCAUGAAUGUUGGUUUGUUUUGGUCUUUCUCUCCUGAUCAGCUGACACAUACAAAAGGAGAGAAUCCAAGAAUGUAAGCAGCUUUCUUCUCUGACUUUAUUUCUGUUGUGUUUUGUGUUUGUAGAGGUCAAACACCAGCUGAAUCCGACUAUCAGUUAUUAGAAGUGGCGCGCAGGUUGGAGAUGUACGGGAUUCGUCUUCACCCUGCCAAGGAUCGUGAAGGCACGAGGCUAAGCUUAGCCGUGGCACACACGGGUGUCCUGGUCUUUCAGGUCAGUUAGUAGGUCAACGCUUUAUAAACAGACACUUGUGGAUUAAGUUCACUACACCUGAAAUGUUUGGGGAUAUAAAAAAAUUUAUUUGACUCACAUUCCUCCACUGCAGGGCCACACGAGGAUCAACGCCUUUAACUGGUCAAAAGUGCGUAAACUGAGCUUCAAGAGGAAACGGUUCCUUAUAAAGCUGAGGCCAGAUCUAAAUGUAAGUCAUAAAUCUGACUGACUUGACAGGCUGUUUAAAAUCUAACCCCUCCAGUGUUCAUAGUUUUGAGUCAGGUGUUUAUGUGUCCCCUCAGAGCUCAUAUCAGGACACUCUGGAGUUCCUCAUGGCCAGCAGAGACUGCUGUAAAGUCUUCUGGAAGAUCUGUGUCGAGUAUCACGCCUUCUUCCGCCUCUUGGAGGAGCCUAAGCCUAAGCCAAAGCCUGUGCUCUUCACCCGGGGCUCCUCCUUCAGAUUCAGGUAGUGUGAGAGUGUCUGCAUCAUAAAACUGCUCCCCUCCAUUGAACAGUCCACUACAGCGCUCCCAGAAUUGCUCAUUACUGUCCCUCCUGUCCUCGUCUCUGCAGCGGCCGCACACAGAAGCAGGUGAUUGAUUAUGUGCGGGAGUCUGAGUUUAAGAAGAUCCCUUUUGAAAGGUAACUGCAGACAUAUUUGGCAUGUUUGGUGUGAGAGAGAGUGCUUUGAGUCUAUAACACUGACCUUUAACAUCCUGUCUGCCAGGAAACACAGUCGGGUACAACACAACAGUCAGGUCCGACACAACAGCCGCCUGUCUCCUUUGCCUUCUCCUCGCCACCAUGAAGUGCCAACAGAAGUGAGUGGAGCGCUUUUCUGUAUUUGGACUAUUGGAGUAAUAUACGCAGGGUCACCUUUAUAAUUCACAACAAAAUACAAAACACACAAAGAAAAUAUGAAAAUGAGAAGAAGCGUAGCAGGAGAUUUUUAAGUCGUAUUUGGGCGUAGACGAUGACACACAUGAUAGCACUGACCAAAAGAUGAAAACUUCUCUAUAUACAGGCAAUUUAGAUAUCAUGAAAAACUGAUGAAAGCAAGUGACAACAGAAAUGUGAAACUGUAAACAGUGAUUUAAUGAAAAAAGUCUCUGAAACCAUCAAUUUUAACCUGAUGUGUUCAAUACAGGAAAUAACACACUAAGAGCUUGGCUUCACAGUCUUUGUCCUGUAUGGUUGAAGUGUCACCUUUGGUCCUAGAGUCCAUGAUAACCGAUAACAUCAUCGUUCACAUCAGCAGGGAGACAGGCUACAAUACAACCGUCAAUGACACUGGAGGCUCUGGGCUGGUUCAGCUCAGGGGUUAAACUCUCAUACAGUUUUAUUGAAUCCGAUUCUCUCACUGAAAAUGGCAAAAAAGCCCCAGAUCAACUUGUAACAAGAAUACACAGGACUCCAAUCACAUUAACAUGUAAGGUUAAUGUAUAGUGAGCAGGUGGUGAUGCUUAUUUGACUCUGACACAAUGAUCUGGAUUCAACAGACAUGAAGCCGAGGGGUCAACUUCACAUUAUCCUGCUUAUUACCCGUCUAUUAACUACAGUUUUUGACACGAAACGUUAUUUUAAAGAUGAUUUCAUUGAUUUUUAAAUGACUUACUGGCCCAAAAAAGUAUUCCCCUAAAUUUCACAGUUGGUAUUUCCUCAAUGGCACAGGAUAUCUUAUUAGUCCCCCCUGGGUACCAUCAAACACAUCUGUUGAAGCUUCAGUUAGACGAGGUGAAUGGACUUCUGCAGGGACACUUACGAUCAUAUUUCUGUCGUUAUUUCAGCUCUCUCUCUUCUCUUUUAAACAUAAAUAAUUUAAUAUAUAUAUAUAUAUUUAUGAUCAGCAUUCAAUACACUCAUCAGAUUGAUUGUUGUUGUUGCCUUGGUUACAGGAUAGUCUGAUAUUUUAAUUAUCCUUCAUGUUGAUUAGUUUAAAUUUCAAAAAGCCAACAGGAACUAACAGUUCAGGAUCUAGACCAAUCAGAAUCAAGUAUUUAACUCAGCUGGGUAAUAAACGCAUAUAAAUGAGCUGUCUUAAUUAAUUACAAACCUCAUAUUAAGACAGGAUUAGCAGUCGAUUUACACAUAGUCAUGAAUUCCAUGUUUUAAUCUGCUGUUUCUUCCUGCCAGCAUGGUGCUCCCAGGGUAGACUCUCCUCACCGGCGUCAUUGGACGGAGUCAGUGUUGGUAAGCGCAGAAGACCCCUCAGCUUCGAGAACAGCAAGGCUGAGCCCGGUUCACCAGAGAAACGGCCAUGACGAGAGAGAGAGAGCAGGAUCUGUUUCUAGGACCGAGGAGAGAAGAGGCUCCAUGCGACAGACUCAUCCAGAACAUCUGAAUACAGGUCCAUCAUUUCAGACUCCUCGAGGCAGCAUCUCUUCCAUCCCCUACAUCGACUGCAGGGAUUUAGAUAGUGAAUACAGCCUGGGUAGGGACCAGGCUUUCAGAAUGACUCAUGGUUACAGGGAGCAGGCUAAGCUACGGCGUGGCUCUGCAACAGGGAGCAUUAAUGGGCCUCUGCUGGUCCAGCAGGAGCAUUUUCUGGGUAGGAUGCAGUACAGAGAAUCCCCCUCCUCUUCUAGGCAGACUCUCAACAUGAGCCCCGAGUUCAAUGAGUCUCACAGCCAACCAUACCAAAAAAUGAACCAAAGUCCUGUCCACAGCACCGUGUUGGACCCUGUUCUUUUUAGAGAGCGGCACUGCAGCAGCCCUCUCACAAUCCAGCAUGUGAGUUCGAGAAGUGUCGUCACCAGUCCUGUCAUGGACCCCCUCCAUCAGUCAAACCCCCACAGUUACGCUGAGCAGAACGGCUACAGCUCUGCUCCUCCACCCUGCGACCAGGGUAGGUACUCCCCCCUCCUGAGCCGAUCCCCUCGCUUAUCAAAACCCCACAAAGUGAAAUACCGCCCAGACACAAAUCCAAACCAGGGAACUUCUUCCUUAGGGCAAGAACCACGUCCCGUCCUGUCUCGAGCUGAGCGUAUGGCUGCUCUAGAGCGCCGCAUGGUGGUUAAUGGCCUCUCAGCACCCGGCAGGCCGAGGUCCAGUCUGGGGCAGAAGCGCUUAGGGCGGCAUGGUGGCCCUCAUAUUGGAGGGAUUCAAAUGAACGACUGCACCACCACCAGUGGUUCAGAGUCCAGUGAGUCUGAGGUGGAGGCUAACAGGGGGAACAGCAGCGGCCCCCUGUACGGUACUCAAACAGAGGCCAACUCCUCCUCUGCUAUACCCAGGAACAAGUUCUCCUUUGGCAGCCUGCAGCUGGAUGAGGAGGCAGAUGAGGACGAGUGCCAGGCCUUUAGUGAUGAGGAGGGCCCACAGAUUUUUAGCUGUUAAAGCACAGAAACACCCUCCGCACACGAGAGUUUAUCGGGUUUAGUUUGGAUCCAGAUGGAGAGAGGAAAGCUGUGUGAUGUGGAUGACAGAUUACAUCUGUUAGAGACUCAGAUCUCUCACACUACAUGUUCACACUUUUUUUUCUUAAUGCUACUAGCAGCGCUUUUUGACCUCUGUGAUCCCUGAGUGUGUGAAUGAGGAUUAUCCUGUGCUGGGUUUUUGUUUGUUUCAUUGGAGGAGGAACUGAACUCCCAUCCUCUUUUAAUGUAUUGAAAAUCCCCCUCAGCAGAAAUACACAAGUGCCAUGUUAGGAUUUCACUCUAAGAAGCUCCAUAUGAGUAAGAUCUAGAAAGAAUUAGUGACUUUAUUUACGUCAGAAUGAUCAACAGGAACAUAAUUAUCGCAGUUGCACUUUUUCUCACUUUUUUAUAUGGAUCGAAUAUUUAGAGAGGAAAAUCUGUGCUGAAUUCUCGGCUGAGUUUUUGUCUCUUGGAUGCCUUAUGAGAGAAACACAUGUAUCCUUGAUUGUAGAUCCGUUUGUCUUCUCUUGGAUAAAUUUAGCUGUAAGGUUUCCUGCUCGACACGCUUCGUGAGGGCAGUUUUAUUAAGCCUGAGGAGGAAAUCCAUGAAUGUAUAAUCGUGGCAGUGAUUGUUGACUCAGUAGACAUUUAUUUGUAAUAAUCCUCUCGUCUUGUUUGAUUUAUUGACACUCUGGAUGCUGUGUCUGGUUUGCUAUUGUUGUGAGAGUAGUAAUAGUGUCUACACUGUGUGGCGUUGCAGCAGAAACUAAUUACUGCACUGCAAAUACCAAUUUGAACAUCAAAUUGCUAUAUCAAUAUUGUUUACAGUAUGUUCUACUCUUUGCUGCAUGACAGGAGCUUUCAUGAACCUGUCUGGUUUUAGUGCAGAUGUUGUGGGAACUUUUCUGUAUUUUUGUUGAAAUAGUUUAAUCACAUUUGGGGAGCUGUGGUGUCUUGUCAGAUAGAGGUGAACAGUUGUUGUAGUGUUUUUUUUAUCCACUUCCACAACAUUUUACGGCUCUUAUGCUCACUGUUGACGCCCUCCAUCUGCACUUGACUCCUGCUGGAGUGUAUCUGGUUGUAAUUCGGUAUCAGGAUCUGACAGCUGUAGCCACCACGGACUCCUCUCGUUUGUCAAGGCUGCAAAGUUUUCAAUCUUCCUAACAAACGGCACUGCACUUUUUUUCUGUUCUCUUUUGCACCUCUGUCCUUGUGUUUCUUUAUGUUGACUGGAAAAGUGAUCACAUUUUCUGUUGUUUUUUUCUGUUCUUUCAAUGUUAACACUCAACGCUGUCUUUUCUUUUCUGUUUAGUUUUCUUUGACUGCAUGUAAACCUGUUCUGUCACUCACUUCAGUCUGCAUGGUUUUAAAGAUCAGGGUUUCCUCCUCUGCAGUGAUCCAGCCAGCAGUUUAUUUAUGAUCCAAAGCCAAAAGAAAAUCAGAGUAAGGAUGACAGGAGCCUGGGAGCAUGUAGGAAAAUAGAGGCAGGUUUUAGUAACAGGGGAGGUGUGUGAGUACUGUAUGUGUGAAAGGCAGUUUAAGGGCGACUCCUCAAAGCUCAGAGUCCCCCCGGCUCAUUCAUCACUGUCAACUUCAGCUUUAUGCUGCUCUCUGACUUUUCAAACACUCAAAUGCAACAACAUGUUUGUUGUGAGGUGUUGUGGUUUUAAGUACGUGUUGGAAUCUGCUUGAUAAGUUGGUUACAGAAACUUUGGGACAUUUAAUCAUAAAUUAAUAAAUAAUUUAAUUGUUGAUACUAGAUAAGUGCAGAAGAUGCUAAGAGUUUCAGUGCUCCAUUGCUUUCAUUUGAACAAUAAUAUUCAUGCAUCAGAUUUUAUGUAGCACUUUAUCAGUGACCCUCAAAGCACUUUACAUUGGAUACAUCAUUCAAUUACUCACACAGUCACACCCUGAUGGUGGUAAACUACCUUAGUAGUCACAGCUGCCUUAGGGCAGACUGAAGCCUAAAGCCUAAAACAUACAGGAUCCAUGAUGAGUACAUUCCAUCAGCGUCGCGUAUCACGCAGCAAAUACGUUCCCAUUCUAAUCAAUGCAGCAUCGCACACAGGAAGCGUCUCUGCUCUGUUGCAGCUCCAUGGCAGAAGCGUGUCGGGCGCUGUUCUGAAAAAGAAACACACCAAAUCUAUUUUUGCUGCUCAACGCUUCCAACAUGCAUCAAUCUCCACAGACAAGAUCGUCCUAGACAGGAGGUCAAGCACAGAAAACGCGCAUGUCAUCCGGUAAAUUCCAAAAUAAAGCACCAUAAGAGGACUCCCAACUGUGUAUCAGUUUGUGUAGGUGAGAAAUACUUCCUGGUUAUGGAUUUAUAAGUAACACAGAACAAUCCGAUGGUCAAUCCCUGAUGCAUGUGUACGCUAACUAGACUUUUCUGCCUGAAGGUAACAGCACAGCAUAAAAGAACAUAGUUUACUUUAUUAAACACGAGUAAACCUGCAAAAACCAAAACUGUAAAAUCACGUUGCUUUUUCACAUAUAGUACAAACUCAACAGUCACUAAAUUUUAUCCAAAUUAGCAGGAAAUAGACCACAGAAACGCAAAACAACCUGUUAUGAGCAUUUUGUUUCCUCUAUACUGAGUCCAGUUGACCGGGGCUGCACUGCGCUGUGGGUGAUAGACAGCGUUGCUCGACUAAGCAGAGAUGCGACGCUGACGGAACACGCUCAACACGGAUUCUGUAUGUUUUAGGCUUAACAGGAGCGUGGCUGCCAAUUUGCGCCUACAGCGUCUCCAACCACCACCAACAUCACUCACAAUCAUACACCAGUGUAGUAAACAGACACAAAUUAAACGUCAGUGGACAUAGGCCCUAAAGUCUCUGUGAGUAUUUGGGUUUUGUGAUGAUUUUGGCGCCACCUGUUGACAAACCUGUCGUCCGGCCCCUUUUGCUGAUUUUGUCUUGCGCAUUUCGUGUUUUCUGACAAUAUAGAAAAAAAGAUGUCUCAUCAGCAGCACGCAGUAAACAGCCUCAUCUCCAGCUGCUGAUUUGCAGGAGUCAGUUAAAACCUCCUUACUGGAGCUUUAACAUUUCAAAGUAAUCAGCGGAGGGAACAUUCAAAGCUGCAUGACAUAGAUUAGUACAGCGCUUUGAGAUCAAACACAAGCAUGCUUAUUUUGGGAGUUUCUGGAUCACUGCUGAGUGAGGGAACCCUCUCUGGUGCACAAAGAUCUCCUAAAGACCUGAAUGAGACUUUAACAUCAAGUUAAAUCGAGCAGAUAUAAUUUAUCUUUGAUGAUACUGUACAUGUGCUCAGCUCAAAGUUUCAGGUCUGUUGGUGAGACUUUUGUGUGUGUAUAUGUGUGUCUUUUUCCACCACUUGUGUUUCAAAUGCAUGCUGUGCUAAACCAGGACUGAGGUGUGUUACCCAUCAUGCUGUUCUUCUCUCUGCAUGUGCUGUCACAUCACACGGGUACUGCUAUCAGUCACUUCACUGUUUUUUUUUUUUUUUUUAACCUAGUAAACAGUCAUGGGGAUGUGGUUUUAAAGACUAAGGAAAUCAUGCAGUAAUUUUAGAGUCUAAAUUUACACAGAGCACAUUUGUAAACCGUAUUUUUAGCCAUAAAAAGAAUCUGUCACUGUAACAAGUAAAUUGGUGUAAAUCCGAUUUGUAUUCAUGGACUAAAUUAUGCAAAUAUUUCCUCAUUACCAACUGACUUUUCAGAACAGCAAUAACAAAUUCAUGACAAAACGGUCAUGCGGCUGUUAACUCAAAACAUGUCAUUAUAUUCAUAGAGAUCUUUUAUUUAUUUAAUUCUGGGAAAGGCAGAAAACUGCAUGAAUUUACACUUUUUUUUUCACUCAUUUCAGUCUCUCUCUUACACUCACAUGACUAAUCUGUCUAUGCUGCUCUUUUGAAGGUGUGUUUUCGUUUAACCCUGUACAUACAUGUUAUAUUUAAGUCAAUAAAGAUGACCUCUUUGAAGUAAGACUUUCCAAAUUUUCUUUUUGGCACACAUGUAGCUGGUGCUGUUUUUAGAAACUAGACUUUCCCUCUUCUUCGUUGUCCCUGUAGUCUUCAUGUGUUUUCUCUCAUUUGUUGCAGUCUUGACGUUUUCCUCUCCUCCUUCCUUCUCCUCUGUGGAGUUUAGAUUAAAUCCUUCCCAGCAGUUGUGCAGCUGUUGUUUUUGUGAGUGUGUUUGUGCAUGUAACCACUGUUGUGUUUGUGUUGGCACUCCUGAGGACAGCAGAGAGAGAGAGAAAGAGAGGUGGGCAAGUUGCAGCUUAAACAUAGUAAGUAAGCUCAGUGGACAUGUUCAGUGGAGAUGACUCGGGGUGAGCUGCUCCUCUUGAUCAUCCUGCAGUGUACAUCUCAGCUCAAGUAUUGAUUGACGUGGCACAAAGAUAGCGAGAGCUGUCUGGACUGUAGAGUGAGUCAUGGCUGAUGUUUCACUUUUUUCAAAGCUCCCCUCCCUCCUCAGAUAGUGCAGCUGAGGAAGACUCUGAUCCUGCCUCUGAAUUAGUUUUCUGCUGUAUGCUCUAUUUAUAUGACCAUACAGAGUUUACAGUGUACUCUCAGCUGGUGAUAUUUACCUCAUGAUCCUGUGGACUCAAUGCUUUAAAGUUUAAUCAAUAUGAAAUGUCAGCUAAUUGAUGUUUGACAUUUAUGCAGAGCUUCAAGUAAAGAUCACUUUCAUCAUUUAUUAAUCUGUCAUUAUUUCUGUUUUGUAAUUGAUCGCAGUUAAGUCUGGGAAAUACAGACUGAAAACAAAAAAAAUAUCCAAGUUCUCGUCUCUAAAUGUUUGUUAAGCAUCCUACCAGCCGUCCAAAUAUUACGUUUACAGAAAAAUUUAAGUUUAUUCUGAUAUUUCAGACUCAGAGACCAUGAUUUGACGUGAAUUAGGUUAAAGAACAUCUAAAACAGUUUUGGCUCAUCUGGUUUCUGUUUUAUUUUUUCAUGUUUAAGUCCAAACAGCUCACUUGUCCUCUUUGGCCCGCGCAGGUGUGGUUGCAAACAGCCCUCGCCUGUCUGCGUCCUCCGGUCACUCUCACGGGAUGGUCAAUGGUCAGAAGUCCCUGGAGCUGUGCAGCCACAGUCCCGACGGCCGGCAGCCCUCCCCUCUCACCAGCCCGCUGCUUAAUGACGCCGGCAGCGUUCGCACAGAUGAUGAAGAUGAGGUUCGGAGAAAGGUCUGUGAUUCAGUUGGGAGCUUCAUUUGACAAAAAAAGGAAACAAAAGUACACAAGUACACCGUUUUUUUAGUCCAAAAAGUUCACCUCCCUCUGUCUUUCUACAAGUUAGAGUUGUUAUUUUUGCUCACUCUUCUCUCUGUUGUGUUUCCUUUUCAGAGGUUCCCAACCGAUCGGGCCUACUUCAUCGCCAAGGAGCUGCUGACCACAGAGAGGACGUAUGUGAAGGACCUGGAGGUGGUGACUGUGGUAAGAACAUCCGAGUCCUCCCUCCAACAUGCUGCUCCUCUGUUUGUUUUCCCCUGCGCUGUCCUCUGGGGGGAAAACAUUGAUUAUUCCGGUUAGCUGCUCAAUGGCAGAGCGCCCACCAAAACACAGAGUCAGGCGGUGACACAGGGAUAUUCUGGCAGAUGCGAUUUUCAUUUUUUAUUCAUUCCCCGCACCCAUGCUCUGAAAAUCAUUUAUCCGUCUCACUCAAGGCUUUGAAUACUAAACUGCGCUUGUGUUUAAAGAGAUAGAUUUAGCCGCAUGCAUCCGACUCACUGUUUCAGUCUGUUCCUUUCAGAUUUUACCGUCUGGGUACAAGCAUAUGGACCAUUUCAUUUGACAAUAUCAGAGAGGAAAUGUAGCAGAGCACAGGAUAUUAAACAUGAUACAGAAGGAGGAUAUUCUUGGGAAAGCCUGCAGUUGUUGGAUUCAGUAAAAGGAUGUGGAGAAGAUGAUGCAUCACCCCUCCUUUUUUUAAAGUCUGGGGCUUUUUUUGUCUUGUAAUUUUCAGAGAGGCCUUUCUUCAUCUCAUAAAUAUUUGGGUUGGCUUGUGUCCUCGUUCUUUUUUUCCAUCUGCAUUUGUGCCGCUGUCUCUCUUACCCCCACUACUCCCAUUAGCCGCUCAGUGCUGCUGUUUGGGGGUGAAGUCAUCUGAACAACAGCUGGCUCUUCAUCUCGAGCCCGUCUACAAGCACUUCCUAAAACUCUUCCCCUCUUUCCCAUCACGUCAGCGAAAUAAAGCUGUGCCCUGUCUGCAACACGCAGCUUCAAUCUAACGUAAUGGAAGAAAGUGUUAAGAAUGAUUGGCUAUUGAUUCCUCCAUUCAUCCUGCAGCAAUUAAAGGAUUUAAGAGACAUCACAGGACUGAAGCACAACAGCAGACACAGAGAUGAAGGGCUUGUGGUAGUAUCCUGGGAAAUAUCUGCAUUAACAAGACAUUGAUCAGCGUUCUGUAAGCCUGAGCUGCAUGCCUGUACAAGCUCCAGACCAGAAAAUCAGGACUUGAGUCACCUGGUGUCGCGGAGAGGAAAAGCGUAGCACUGCAGUUUACAAGUUUUACAGCUUUUAGAUAAAGUAAGCUCUGUUACAUGGUUGUUUUUAUCAGUUUUGAAGCAGAAAAUUCUCUAAACUCUUUGGAAAACACCUCUGAAAAUACCAAUUUAAGGAUAUCAGUGUGUCUUAUACCCGCAGAGGGCUCCAGUCUGACUCGCAGAGCAAUGAAUCUGAGACACAUAAGAGUUUGUAAUUUAGUGUUAAAACUCCCAAAGCUGUAAUUUGAUUUUGUUUUUUUGUUUUGGUUCCUUUUCAUUUUCUGGCCUUUAUUAAGAUUGCUCACAGCCCAAACCCAAACACUAAAUGUAUGUCUUUGUGUGUUAUUUGAACUGAUCUGAUCUUUGUUUACAGAUUCUACAUGAAAAUAUUAAAUCUUUAGGUAGAAAUCUAGAUUUAAGUCUUGAAAGUGUCUUCUCUGUUUGCAGUAUGUUUGUAAUCUGCAAACAAAGAGAGAGCAGAUGUUGACAGUAAUCUGACAACAUCUUAAUUAUCUCUUCCACUCAAAAUGUUUAUUGGACUUUAAGUAAUGUAGAGCAUAAAACAGAAGGUCUUAGCUGAAAUUAACCAGCGGCUAUGGGAGGAAUGGUCACAGAGCUAAUCAUGUUUUUUCUGGAGGGAUUGUCUUCACACAAAAAUGCUGAGGAGUUUCCAGAUUGAACUGUAUCAGAUGUAGAGAUCUGAGAGCUGUCAUGAACUUCCACCAAGAAUUGACAAAAUUAUCUGCAAAAGAUGCAAAAAAAAGUUGUUUUACACAUCGGCGUGUUUCUUUGUCUCAGUCUUUCCAGAGUGCUGUGGGGCAGGAUGAAGCCACUCCAGACUCUCUCAAGAACACCGUCCUCUCCACGUUUGAGCCGCUGCACAAGUUCCACACAGGUUUUCUCAGGGAGGUGGAGCAGAGACUGGCGCUGUGGUGAGACUCGGAUUAUUUCACUCUUUAACUCAAAAUGAUCCCUGGUGAUGCCUGCUGUUGUUUUAGCCCUCUUUAUCACGGGGGUAUCUUCCUUUUUAAUGAGUAUUAUUGGCAGUUAGUCUAAAAGGGGGCAACCCGACCCCUUCACAUGACCCAAGGAGCUAUUGUCUCCAUGGCAACAGUCAUGCUGCAGCCCGGCCGGCCUUUUCUUGCCUGUGGGUUUGUGCUGUCUGAUCUUCUUAAUGAUGUUGGGCUUUAUCUUACAUACAACACACAUGCAGGCUCUCACAUACACACACAGACAGACAUGCAGACAGUGAAGCAUAAAGCCUGUCAUUAUUUACGGCCAUUAACUGCAGACGUUUACGGUAGGGUUUUAAUUUGAUAGUCUGUAUGUGCCAGUCAUCAUCAUUUCUUACAAUUAAAGCUCAAAGUAAUUCUUCAAAUUGGAGCUCAAAGUGAUAAGAAAGCUCAACUCUGAUGAUAAGAACCACAUUUACAUGUGAAUGCAAAUGAUCUGGCACUACAUGUGUCUCUUAUGAAGCUUUGCAUAUUUAAAUGCCACGUUGAAUUGAACCUCUGUUGUUGUGACCAGGAUUAAGACACUGUUUGUCUUAGAUUAAGGAAGUUUUUCCAGUCUGGAUAUGUUUCCCUGGAGCAACUGCUUAAACGCUGAGCCGAAUUAAUACAGAUUCUCAAUGAAUCCAGUGAAUGCAGCUCAAUACUUCUGCAGCCUGUGUGAGGAAAGUCAGGCUCAAGGGAGACACCUGCUGGUGGAUCUGUUUCUUAACUUUUAAAGAGCUCGGAGCAACUCUGGGGGAAUUUUUCUCGCAUUAAGGGAAGCUGGUCCAAGUAGUGAAUCAGCUUUAAGUGCUGAUGUGUAGUUUAGUCAAUAAAAGAAGUUUCUAAAACAGCUCCAAUAUGUUUAAGGACUUUUUAACACUUGAACUAUCAAAAUUUACAAUGUCGUAACUUUUUUAAAAUAAAACUUCUACACCAGUUGCACCCUGACUUUUCCUAAAUGUGUGUAUAUUUUAUUCUAACAUCGUUUUAUCAUUAAAAUUUCAAAACACAAAAGAGAUCUGAGUAUUACUACCUUGAACUUCCAGAGGAGUCAAAUUGACUGCAUGCCUUUGACAAACAAUGUUAUAUUUCGCCAUUUUCUACAUUUUCCCGCUCUUUCUCCUGCUUUGUUUGUUUUGUACUUUAAGCUCUGUGAAGCUAAAAUCUUGCUAUAACUUUACUCAAAACUCAAGAGACUCAAAAAUGACAACUAGAAGAAAAAUGACAAGUAUGGAGGCUUUAGCCUUGCUUCAGAGCCUUGAUGAGGAAGAAUCCGAUGGAAGUUCAGGGAAUGAUGUGUCUUGGUAUUUUGAGGAAGGUUCGUAAAAAUCUCAUUCAUAAUGAUUUUCAUUUUGUGUACUCAUGUGUUUUUCAUCUAUUCGACCAAUUUAUUAGCAGUUUUUAUUGUUGAUUAUCCAAGUAGUGUGCAAAAAAAGGACUGAGAAGUCAAAAUGACUGCCAUGGUCAUUCUAGUAGUUGCAGAAUUUUAGUAGACCGAGUGUUAAAAGGUUAAAUUUGAUCUCUUUCAGGGAAGGACGCUCCAAUGCUCAUAUAAAAGGAGACUACCAGCGCAUUGGAGAUGUCAUGCUGAAGAAUUUGCAAGGCUUGAAGGUAAGAUAACAACCAAAUACAAACUCCCACUUGUCUUUAAUCCUUUAGUUAUAUCAUUCUCAUUUGUGUGUCUCUAGCCCUUGUCCGUAAACUUUCACAAGCAGUCUGAAGUUCUGUUGGAGCUGGAGAAGGCGUGCAGAGCGUCCCGUAGGCUGGAGAGUCUCUGCAGGGACUUUGAGCUGCAGAAGGUCUGCUACGUCCCCCUCAAUGUGUUCAUCCUCCGGCCUCUGCACCGCCUCAUCCACUACAAACAGAUCCUGGAGCGCCUGUGCAAACACUACCCGGCUACUCACGUGGACUUCAGGGACUGCAGGGGUACUGAUCUCAGGCUGGUGCUCUUACAGGCAUGUUUGAGUAUUCCUGUGCUGUAGAGUGAUAAUCUCUCUUUCCUCUGGUUGGUCUGCAGCUGCUCUGGCAGAUGUGUCUGAGGUGGUGGAGCAGCUCCAGGGAAGCUUAAUCAAGAUGGAGAACUUCCAGAAGCUUCUGGAGCUGAAGAAGGAUUUGAUUGGCGUUGACAAUCUUGUUGUCCCUGGCCGGGUGGGUUUAAAGCUUAAAAACUGAACUGGCAGCUGUUACAGUUCUUCUUGUUGUUUUUAAAUGUUCUGCAUGUGUCUGAUGACGUAUUUUUGUCUCAUUUGCAGGAGUUCAUCAGGUUAGGUUGCCUCAGCAAACUGUCGGGAAAAGGCCUACAGCAACGAAUGUUUUUCCUGGUAACACUCAUCUUUUUUAAAAAUACGUCAUGUUAGUAAUCUAAUUAUCAGGCAGAGGAAAAAAUAAUCAUACUGUUAUCAUUUCUAGCUGUGUAAUACUCAGAUGGUGUUGGCAGAUGAAGUGCAAAUGCAGAAAGUGCUCCUAACAUGUUGCUCAGAACUGAACUAUAACUCUGAUGAAUAAUACAUUCAAAGACACAGAUUUCCACUAUGAAAGAAUCGUGUAAAUGGUAAAGGACUGUAUUUGUUUAAGACCCACUCUGAUGAAAAUUUUUAUAUGUUCAUAUGGCAUUUUUUUGAAGCUACAGGACAUAUCAUGAGAAAACUAAAUGAGAAAUUGCUUUCGUAAAUAUUUCUUCAUUCAAAUCACUGUGAAUCUCUGUCAGACCCAAACAGCAGGUUCAAAAACAGUGAGAUUUUAUACGUAACUUAUCAAAGCUCCGCCCCCUGGAGCCCCGCUAUGCAGGUCACAUUCUGCAUAUAGAGGAGAAAUACAGAGGACGAUCAUGGGACAAGCGUGUGCGUUAGGGGAUUGCAAUGCUCAUAAGAAAGCUAAUUAUGAUAGCUUUCAUCGUGUUCCUAAAGACAUGAGUGUCUGAGAGCUGAAUGCUUAUGAUCUACUGGAGCUCUGUAGAAGAAAAACCCUUAAAAAUGACACAGGUAACGCGAUCUUUGGUAAAAACUUCACAAUUUAAAGACCACUGAGAACACUUGAAGUACUAAAAAAAAUAGAUAGGAGUGGGACUUUAAGUACUUUGAGGGUUUCAGGAGAUUCAUGACACUUUGGCAUGUAGGCAGCAGGACCUGCGAUUGAACCUUCAACCCUCAGAUGGAGAAACUCCUCCACUGAUCCACAGCCGCCCCUCUGUUCCUGCUGCUCCCUCAGAAUUGCUAAUCAGAUAAAGCCAUUCGACCAAAAGACAGAGCCAGUGACAUUUAGCUGGAAAGAUUGUUAAUGUCUCUCUCUCUCUCUUUCCGUAUCCCCGGGGAUAGUUCAACGAUGUCAUUUUGUACACGAGUCGAGGGAUGACGGGGACCAAUCAGUUCAAAGUGCACGGGCAGCUGCCUCUGCACGGCAUGACAGUAAGUGCUGCAUCCCCUCAUUGAACACAUAGUGCUUCAAACUGCUGUCGCCAGUUUGUCAUUACUGCAAAUGAGCCGUCUCAAACAGCUGAAGUGCAGCUCUGUCAACAUCUCACACACACAACAACUUUCAGAACAACUCACUACACAUGUCCUUCUUUCACUUCCUUUUCAUCUUCCCUCCCUGUCUGUCUAUUUCUGUCCUCGCUGUCCCAGAUACGCCUACUCUCUAAUGUUUUUUCUGUGUCUCUGUGUUCCUCUCUCAGAUCAGAGAGAGUGAGGAUGAGUGGGGUGUACCACACGCCUUCACACUGGUUGGAGAGCGGCAGUCGGUGGUGGUAGCAGCAAGGUAAAAACAGUGGCUGACAGCGCAGAGACGCCUUGCACUUUGACUUCAAGUUCGUGCCUCAGAAUUUCAGUAUCCUUAGAUCAACUCUCAUUAGAUGGACUUGAUUUAUCCCACUGAUAAUAAAAAUAUCUAAGACAUAAAGCCUCUAUUGUUUUCUUCUGCUCGCAACAUGUUGAUAUGCUCGCACAGGCUUCUCCUAAGUGUCACUCAAAAUAAACUAUCUCCAUGAACAGUGCGGUUGCUUUGAGGACACUCAGCACCCUGGGAUUUGCCUUUGUUAUAAAAUAAACAUAAUUUCUGUUUCCAAAUGGAAAAUUUCUGAUAACAAGCUGGAUAGUCAAAUCAGAAUUACAGAGAAGACAAAAACAAACCACAGAAUAUUCAGUUUAAAGAUCCUGUAAGGAGUAUUAGCAAUAAUUAAUAACAGCAUGCAGCUGAGGCGAGCUUUAUUUACAUUUUCUACAACAAAAAAUACACAUAUGUUUGGCUCAAAUAGAAACAAAUGUGAACUUUUUGUUUGCAAACACAGCUCACACAUGUACUCAAAAUUAUGACCUUGUCAAGAACUGGAUUUUUCCUGACUGCCUCCCUGCUGUGUCUAACAGUUCAUCUGUUUUUCUCUCUAGUUCACUGAAGGAGAUGGAGAAGUGGAUGGAGGAUAUAAAGGGGGCGAUAGAGAUGGCGAAAACCAGCAACGGGCCUUCAUCUGAUAUUCUGAGCACCAAUCUGACAGAUGGCACUAGUAAGUGACCGCACAACAUGAAGUUGAAUGUAUAUCACAGUAAAUAUGCAGAAUAAUAGACCAGAAGAAAUCCCAGACUGCAUUUGAUUUGUGAAUGAGCUGACGCUGUCUGUGCUUUAGCGCCCUCCUCCUCCCCUCAUCACCCCGCUCAUUACCUAGCAGUAACCACCUCCUGACUUUCCCAGAAUGCCCUGAGGACUCCUCGGUGGACGCAGAGUCCGAGGACGACAUAACAUCCCCGCACACCUCGAUGGACAAGCCGGCCCCUCACCGUGGUAACACCAUGGUGCAUGUGUGCUGGCACAGGAACACCAGUGUGUCCAUGGUGGACUUUAGCAUAGCUGUGGAGGUACCGGCCCAAAACCCCAGCACUCAAACCUCAGACCUGCCUCUGUACCCCUGCCUCACAGUUUUCUUUCUCUCUGUGUCUGAGUGUGUGCUGUUUUUAAUUCACUGUGAUGAUUUCUCUCUGUGGGAACAGUAUCCUUCUGUGCUGCAUUCAGUCACACUAACUAUUGACUUCUUAUGGUUGAAGGCAUGGUGAAGUGGAUCUGAUUUAAUGAACUGACAAGUAAAAUUCUGAAGUACUCAGAAGUAUAAAAAAAUAGAUCCAAAUCAAAUUCAGAAAAAAAUCAACGACAGAUUCUUGAGGUGAAUACGGGCACGUUCUCAGCAUCAUUUACAUUUGUUUUUGUUUUUUUGUUUUUUAACUGCAACAGGUUUAUAUCUACUCAUGGGAUAUAAAAUUAUGGUAAAAAUGUAUCAAAAACUCUUGUAAGGAGAGCUUAUCAGGUUAUGUAGAACUAACUAAUGUCUCUGUAUGACAUACAAAAGCAAGCAAGACCAUCAAAACCUGUCUUUCAAGUGGCUAAACUUCCUCUAUUUUCUCCUGUUUUGCUGUUUAGUGCUUGUCUGGUAGUUUACUGAGUGUUACUGGAGCUUCUUCACUGCUGCAGUGGAUAAAAUCAUGUUAUGAGCAGUCUCUAAGUUUCCUUUUAAAGCUAGAGAAAGUGGCGAUCAGUGACAUUAAACUGAGGUUUCACUGGUCCAGAACUUUUGCAUCCCCAUUGUAAUUUGGCAUUAAGUCAUUAGAUAAGUUAUUAUUAUAAAAAAGACAUUUUAUAGGAACUAUUAUAUAUUUUAAGUCAUGCCUGUGUUUUUUUUUUCCAGUAUCAAUGUUUUGAGAGUUUGCAGUCCUCUUCUUCACAGCCUUAGCUUCUGCAAUGCAAAGUUUUUGUGCACCUUAGGGAAACAAGAAUAUUGGAAAACUGAUAGCAUGAUAUAAAUAUCAGUGCCAGUUUGCAGCUACUGUUGCAGGUGAUGAACAAAAUAUGGAUCUUUAAAACUGGUGCACCCCUUUAAAAAUCUAGAUAUUUUGUGUAUAAACUGUUAUUUUUUUUCCUCUUUUUAACACAAUUACUAUUAUUAAUUGAAGAUGGAUUUCUACCUCAAGUGAUCGUAUUCAAAGCCAAGUUGAGGAUACUGUUCCUUGCCUCUUUUGACCUGUAGUAACCUUUGUUGUCUUUUCUAACCUCAAACUGUGUUUUUUCUUUGUGGUUCUGUCCUUUUUUCCUCCCCUGGCACUUUAAACCUCUGAUCCUCUAAAAAUAGAGUGAGAGCACUUAGUAGAUGUGCUAAACAUCUUGCUCUGACAGCCCUGAUCUAGUUCUGCUCUUCCUCUGUAGUUUGUAACCACGUCCUCUUCACAGCCUGGACACACCGUCACCGGCCUCCUGUCUCUCCCUGUCACUGCAUGCUUCUGUUUCACCGACUCAGUCUAUGUUUCUGUCCUUCCUCCCCUGUCUGUUUUUCUCUCUCUAUUUUUCUCAUGCGUCUGUGCGUUCCUCUGUGGUAGAGGACCCUAGUCCAGUCAGUGAGAAUAAGGCCCCCUCGGGGGGGCCCCCCAGUGGCCAGGGACCAGUGCCUCUCUCUGUUAUCUGCUGGUACCGUGUUCAGAGCCUCUCCUUUAGUGAAUCCUGCAGGAGUCUAGAGGUAAAGGAGCCAGGCAGACAGGAGAGGCCCUGCGAAUGUGUUUACUUACACUGCAAUAUAGGAAGAGGAAAAAGAAGUUACUGUGGUGUCUCAUAAAUACUGUAUCUGGAUUUUUAAAUGAUAAGCUAUGCUGGAAUUCAUGUAAAAAUCCCAACACAGCAUAACCACAGCCCUAAACAGUUGUAACAAAUACCUCAAAUUUCUAACUAUCAAGGAAACGAAGUGAAAGUAGUAGCUUCAGAUUCUAUUUGGCUGUAGAAAAUGAGAAAGUGAGAUAAGGUUGGCCAAAGUCUUUUUUUCUGUACAUUGUCAAGCUAACAAUGUGUAUGAGUGUAUAUCUGUACUAUCUUACUUCCUAUUCCUGUCGCUAGCACUCAUACUCAAGACAGUUAGCUUAAACAAAAGGUUAUAGUCCUUCUAAGGUGACAAAUACAAAGUGUAAUGUUUCUUUGUCAGGACAUUAUGUGUGGGACACUUUGGUUAUACUUACUUUAAUUGAGGAACUCAGAAAUAUGUUUUUAAUAGCUUUAGACAGCAAACAGUGGACACUUAGAAAAAUCUAAAAUAUUAACAGGCUUGUCCUUUAACGUCAGAAAUUCCUCUGUAACAUUUGAUUAAAUAUAUUUAGUAUAUCUUACAGGUGAUCUUAUAAUGUGCUUGUGUUAAUAUCGUUUUGGAUUUUCACGUUUUUCUUAUUCGGUCUUUGCAGAACCAGCUGUCAGGAAACUUACUAAGAAAGUUCAAGAACAGUAACGGCUGGCAGAAGCUCUGGGUGGUCUUCACAAACUUCAGCCUGUUUUUCUACAAGUCUCACCAGGUGAUAAUCAUUCGCUCUCAUCUCUAUCCGUCCAGAAAAUUCAUGGCCAACCUCUCCCACGUUCAUUCCUCUCUUCAGCCCGUGUCCAUAAAAGUCUGGAUUCAGAAGCAUCACACAUGUGUGCAGAAUGUAUCAUCCAUGUGCUAUCAUACAAGCUUACAGGGUUUCUCAUGCAGUUUCUGAUCACCGCAUGUUUCUGUUGGCUGCCUGUCGACUUCAGAAACGGUGUUGUUUAAUAUUUCCAGGAGUAAGCUUUCAUUUUUUAUCCAAGCACUUAACAUUAAAUCUUCACAAAGUCAGUUUUUUAUUUUGAAAAGUUUGUGAAAUCGUGAAAGUAAAGUACAUACAAAGAUCCAACAAGUCCAAGUUUAUUAAAUCAAAGUAUAAUGUAAGAAGUCAAAAAAUAUACUUAUUAAACACACACAGAGGUUAUGAAAAAUGUGAGGCAGUGAGAGAGGGAAAAAUACAUGUUAAAGGAACAAAAGAAGAUCAGGGUCAAAUUAAAGCAUCUUAUAUCUGCAAAAGGAAAUUUAUUACAGCAACUUACUCUAUCCUGUCACCUACAAUGUUGGUUAUAAAUUUCAAAUUUUAUCAGCAGCAUGUUUUAAUAAAUGACAAUUUUUCACAACACAAUGCAGGAAAGGGUUUGUUGUUACUGACACAGCAUUCAAACAUUUGGAAAGAAUUUGGUUCUGAAUGGCAUCAGCACUUUUUUACAAGCUUUUCUGUAGCAACAAGAGAAGAUUUAUACCUUAGAAAACAAUUAAGUUUACACCUUAGGAAAUGAAAAAGGCGUCAGCAUUGUAACAAAAUCCCAAAAACUUUAUUUACAAGGAUAGCAGCUCUCAUUAUGCUGUCUGUUCUCAUGAUUAAAGUUUUUGGGCUUAAUUACGAGUGCUGACGCCUUUUUCACUUAUUAUUGUGUAUCCUGAGUUAGCACCAAGUGACAUUUACUUAAUUUGAUGGCCUUUAAUUGUCACAGAGAUUUGAGCUUAAUGUCCCUUUUUAUCUCCUCACAGGAUGACUAUCCUCUUGCCAGCCUUCCUCUGCUGGGUUACUCCGUCACCAUCCCCACAGAGUCUGAAAACAUCCACAAAGACUAUGUCUUCAAACUGCAUUUUAAGUCCCAUGUCUACUAUUUCAGAUCAGAGAGUGAAUACACAUUUGAGAGGUAAAGAGCGCCAUUAUCUAAACAUGUUCACUCAGUGUCUUUGUUUUUUUUAUUUAUAGAGGUCAGAGGACUGAUAAAAACUUCUUUCUCUCCCUCCAGGUGGAUGGAGGUCAUCCGCAGCGCCACACUCCCUUCAGGUGGCCCUCGCUUCCUCAACAGUAAAGAGUCCCACCCUCACUGAUCGGCUCACCUUGUCUCCUCAUGCCGUCCCCCUCCUGUCCUCUCAGACUCUCUGCUUUUCCUUUCUACACAUAUCUGGGACAUUUGUACACGUGUCCAUGCACUUUUGGUGCUUUUUUUAAUGCUUUAAUGGUGACAUGUCCGCUGGUUUAGACUGCAUCAGAGACUGCAUUUUUUGACAUUUUUACUCUCAACUCUGAAACCUCUUUUUUAAGGAUGUCAUUUUAUACUGUUUUCUAACGGUCUCAACCACUUCCUACCUGUCUGGUUUUACAUUGUUGUCAUUGGUUGUUUUUACAGCAGGAACAUGUUGAUGUAGAUACCCAGAAUUCCCUCUUAGAUGCUUAAACUAUCACUGCAUCGUCAUUACAUUUUUGUCAACUUAUUCUUUGUACGAAAUACUGCUGCUUUGAAAAUGUCCAGAAACUCUAGUGCCAAACUGGUUUAUAUUAAUGUCCUGGACUUUUUGAUGCUAUUUUAUUACAUUGGAGAUGAAGAGUGUCUCCUGUACUGUAAACUAUGAAAUUUUAAACCUUGUAAAACAGGCCACCCUUUAACAUUAAUGCUCGGUUUAACCUGGCCCAGCACAACGUGUUCUUGUUAAAAAAAAAAAAAGGUCUGAAGAAUAUAAGAUUAUUUUGUUGUAUUAUUGACUUAAACCAGGAUUGAUCACAAUGUGGCCAGGGGGUAGCUGCCAUCACAGUUUAACGAUGUUUCUAGUAAAUACUCUGUUGUAUAAAUGCGCCGCAGACAGGUUUUUUUUAUAAACUUGAGUUCCCCUGCAGCUGUAAGAGAAAAUGUGGGAAAUGUUCAUAAUCUCUAGAUUAUGUGGCUGAGUGUUACGGAAAGCUUUAAAAGAUUACGUGUGAACAAAAGAGAAAACUUUCAGUUCCAAGCGCCGCUGCCCUCACUAAACUCACACAGAUACCAGAUUCUUUUAUGGGUCAGAGUGAAUGGAAAUAUGCACAUCGACGGGAUUUAGCAGUGAAGCAAAUGAAGUGGAAAACCUCAGUUCUGCUUAGAUUUGCAGUGUUUUUCCAGAAAACGGAGAGCUCUUUGGAAAUGAAAGCAAUAAAAAAUCUUAUUCAACUUCAGA